AAUACAAAGCUUAUAAUGAGCUGUGUUUGUCAACAAUCACUGUUAAACCAAAACAAUGGCGUCGCAUGCAGUCCGGCGACAUGCUGUGACAGGGUGCGCGCUCUCUAGCGCUUCUAACGGUCUACAGGCCGCAAUGGUGUUUUCCUUUUGAAAUCGACGAGGAGCCAAUCAGACACAGCUUUCUCUCCAGUCCCGUUACCUGAGCUCGGGAGGGUUUUUUUUUUCUUUUUUUUUUUCAUUAUUAACUUUAUAGUUAAAGUGACAAAGCGACAAUAUUAACACUGGAGAAGUAGCUCACGUUUAACGGACCGAAUGGGUUGAUGGCUGGAUAUGUGACAACGACAUGGCGUGGGACAAACAGGUCAGUGACAGCGGGUCACUGCAGAGGGUGGAUAUAGUACGUGUCCAUUGUCCAGGUGCCAUCACUGUCAUUGUACUCAGGCUGUACAUACACAGCCCCCCCCCCCCCACAUAUUGCCCUGAUGGGUCCCUGAAUGUCCUCCAUAAAGCCCUGGCCCUCUCCUUACAGCAUGUCAUGCAGGGAGCAUGGAGAGGGCCAGGGCUUGUGACCUGCUCCCAUAAUCUGCAGCAGGAAAUGGGUGAAGGGAAGGUAGGGCUGGAGAGUCUGCCAGCCAGCAUACUAUGACACCAUAACUACCAUAACCACUGAGCCAGUGUGAAGCCCACACCUAUCAGUCAUAACCCCCAUUGUGACACUCUGUCCCUCCUGGGUACACUCACUGUCCUUCCUAGCAUGGGAAAUGAGUGAUUGGGCAUUACUCAGCAUGGAAGGUCUGUGCUGGGGGAAAAGGGAAGGGCUUCCAGUAGCUGCAGACACUAGAUCUGCAGCUAGUGUAAGCGAGGUUUUAUAUACACACAAAGGAACAUCCUGUUGAAGUGUUCCUUUAAUAAUUAUUAUUUAUAUAGCGCCAACAAAUUCUGUAGCGCUGUACAAUUUAAACCCCUGGACAUAUUGCUUUAGGUGGCUGCAAGGGUACUCCUGUCACUAUAACCAUCAAACAAAUUGUACAAACAUUAUUGCCAUCCUUUUCUUAAUUUUCUAGGCACCCAUUCCAUGCACUCUGUUGUCCAUUUCCCUACAUUCUAACAAAAUUGUGUCUUCGUGUAAUGGGAAAUUAAGCCACAAACAGUUUAUAUAGGUGCUUAUGUACUACGUUUACAAUGAUGUUCAGCCAGAAAAUUGCUCAAUAUACCCCUCCGCUACAUAUAUCCUACUCUAUCCAACAAUUCCUUAAUACACUCCAACUCCUUAUCGCCACUUCCCUUCAACCAAUAACUCCAUACUAUUAUUAUUAUUAUUAUUAUUGUCAUUUAUAUUGCGCCAACAGAUUCCAUAGCGCUUUACAAUAUUAAAAGAGGGGGGAUUUAAGUAUAACUAGGACAAUUACAAGAAAACUUUCAGGAACGAUAGGUUGAAGAGGACCAUGCUCAAACGAGCUUACAUAUCCCUCAUUACACACAAAUCCAGUACUCCAAAUUGCCCUUUACUUAAUGAGAAAAUAUCAAAAUAAAUAAAAAUUAAAAUGUUUGUGAUUUUUUUUUUAAUACAUUUAUUCAGUUAUUUUAUAAUUUUUUUUUUUGCACUGAAACUGUCUCCCAUUGGUGAUAGAGCACUCAUUCUAAAAAUUGUCUUGUGUGCAUUAUUGCUUAUAUAAUAUGUUUGCUCAAACUUGGCGUCAAAUUAUCUUCACUGCCAUACUGUAUAGGUUUGAGCUGUAAAAGUUCAGUUGAAGCAUAUAAUCAUGCACGUUGGUGACCCUAUGCCACACUCUACACUGUGGAUCAGUUCUUUGUGAAGUGAUUGCUUUCUAAUGUCUUUUGCAAACGUCUGUUACAUGUCAUCUUUUGCCUUUAAUGCAUUUACUAGUUUUUUGGACCAUGUAAUUGUCCUGAUUGUGUGGUAGCUCCGUCCAGUGUCUAGACGUGUCACAUGUAGGAUAAAUGUUUAUACUUUUUCUUAUGUUUUUAGUUAUGAACAGAUGUAAAAAAAAGAAAAACAGAGGAGGAGAAGAGAAAGCAACUGGGCAAUUUUUUUAGUAGAUAUAACCACAAAGAAUAUAUGCAUGCAUGUAUUAAUUGGGUUAUAUUUUAAAGGACCACUAUAGUGCCAGGAAAACAUACUCGUUUUCCUGGCACUAUAGUGCCCUGAGGGUGCCCCCACCCUCAGGGACCCCCUCCCGCCCGGCUCUGGAAGGGGAAAGGGGUAAAAACUUACCUUUUUCCAGCGCUGGGCGGGGAGCUCUCCUCCUCCGAUCCUCCUUCUCUCCUCCCCGUCGGCUGAAUGCGCACGCGCGGCAAGAGCUGCGCGCGCAUUCAGCCAGUCACAUAGGAAAGCAUUCAUAAUGCUUUCCUAUGGACGCUGGCGUGCUCUCACUGUGAAAAAUCACAGUGAGAAGCACGCAAGCGCCUCUAGUGGCUGUCAAUGAGACAGCCACUAGAGGAUUAGGGGGAAGGCUUAACCCAUUCAUAAUUAUAGCAGUUUCUCUGAAACUGCUAUAAUUAUGAAAGAAUGGGUUAACCCUAGAAGGACCUGGCACCCAGACCACUUCAUUAAGCUGAAGUGGUCUGGGUGCCUAGAGUGGUCCUUUAAAAGAGCUUGCAAAAUCUGCAUUUCUUAUGAAGUGCAACCUUGGCAAACAUCCUUUUUCCCUGGGAGUCUCAUUAAGAAGCCUCUAAAAUUAUGUCUUGUGCAAGUGUGCGUGUCUGCCUGUGCAAUUGCACACACUUCAUAGCGUUCAGAAAGACUGCUGCACUGAUCUGUGGUCUGAAAAUUAGGUAUGCAGAGUGAGGCAGGCACAGAGCAUCACUGUCACUUCCGUUAGCUCACGGAAGCAGACAGAAACCUCCCUUGCUGUUUUUUUGACAGGCAUGGAGUUCAAUAAUUUACUUAUAAAAGUGCUGAUUUCUCAUAGAAAUUGGCACUUUAACAAAGUGUCUAUUUAAUGGGAUACUUCUCACGCAUAAAGCACUUCAACUUUACGGGUGUGGAGGGGUUCUUUAAUUGUUAUUAAGUGUGUUGUCUGCUUAUGCUAUUCUUGCCUCUGACACAUCACACAGAACAAAUAUAAUUAAUUCUUCACAGGCCCCAUCUGUCACUUCUUCAGUCGCCAUUUUUCAUUACCCCCCCCCCCAGAGAAUUGGGCUUUUUUGGACUGAUGGCUGGGGCAUGUUGUGAAGAGCAGGGGCAUCCUGCAUGGAUAAGUUUUAACUUGGUUUGUUUUAUUUAUAUUAAAAUGAAAAGAGAAUGUAGUUUUAAAGGUAAUCCACUGUAUAUCAGCAUUAUCCAUACCUGUGAUGGAUUGAUUUCAUUCAUGCUUAAAGGAACAUUAUGGGAUCAGGAACACAAACAUGUAUUCCUGACCGUAUAGUGUUAAAAAAACACCAUGUAGUCCCCCUCUCCCCCCUUUGCCCCCCCUAAAUAUAGUAAAAUCUUACUUUUAAUGCCAGUCUGCUGCUGCUGACUCUGCCCCUGUUGAACUGAGGCAAUCACAAUGCUUUCCCAUGGGAAAGCAUUGGAUUGGCUGAGCUUGUCAAGGAGGCAGAUCAGGGGCAGAGCCAACACUAGCAAAACACAGCCCUGGCCGUCAGCAUUUAUCUUAAUAGAGAUGCAUUGAAUCAGUGCAUCUCUAUGAGGAAAGUUCAGUGUCUCCAUGCAGAGGGUGUUGGCAGUGAAUGUCAGUGCUGCAUACUGUGCAGCACUGCUCCAGGAAGCACCUCUUGUAGCCAUCUGAGGAGUGGCCAGUGGAGGUAUCCCUAGGCUGUAAUGUAAACACUAUCUUUUCUCUGGAAAAAAAACAAUGUUUACUGCAAAAAGCCUGAAGGGACUGAUUAUACUCACCAGAACAAAUACAAUAAGCUGUAGUUGUGACUGUAGUGUGCCUUUAAUGUCUGUAAUGCACUUCUCCGACAAACAUCCUCCAUAAAAUUUGUAUUUUCAAAAAGAAAGAAAGAAUUAGCUUUGCAUUCCAAGCAAUUCUCACUUUGUUGUAUAACCCUGACAGUGCUUUAUGUCACUGGAAGGUAAUAGUUGACCUUAUCAUGCAGGCUGGUCCUUAAAUAUUUUAUUCACAUUUUUAAAGCCUCCAGUCUCCAUCUCCUCCCCCGUUGGCUUUCAAGGACUGAGCUUAAAAUCGAGAUUGAAAAAAGAAGCAAAAAGGGUGGUUAUGAUGUAUUGUCAAAAUACGUGGAUCAUAGCAUAUGAGCAGAAAUCUCACUUUGACCAUUUGUGAGUAAGCAUCUCUUUACAAAUUGCCAUUCAGUGAGUGAGAGGCUGAUGUUGAAGCUGAAGGGAUGUUCAUUCCAUUCACAUCCUUACACAAUGCUAAAAGACUCUCUUGUCAAUAGGAUCAGUGACCGUAUACUAGUAUAUGGUCCUGUUACGUCUCUGACACAAUUAACAACGGGAGCUGAAGUGUAAAGCAUUGUCUUGGCGUCUUGACCUGAGGCCACACCACUAUUUUAGAUGGUGCUGGAGACAUGACCAGCACCAUAUGAAAUAGAAUGCAAAAAAAAGUAAAGGGUAAAGGGUUGCUCAACCAUCAUAACCAUGACAUUGUAGUGUUACUUACCCGAUCUGCGAGAUGGUUGAGGUCCUACGCUUGAGCAGCUCAUUGCUUGAGUACUUCUGCAUUCACAUAUGCUGUGCGCAGCUUGGUCACUUCUCAUCCUGAGCGGGCCACGUGCGCCGACUUCAAUGAAUGGUCCACCUCAAAUAAUUAAGAGUGCUGCUCGCGUCGUUAGCACUCUCUUGAAGGAGCAAUGGUAACCCCAGGUAGUUUCAGGCUCCCAUUGGUCCACGACAUUCCAGCGCCCCCAUGCAUGCAUGUUUUGAGGGUGCAGGUUUGACGUGGACCAAUCAAAAGGGACUUAAAGGUAUUUAAACCUCCGUAGCCCUGUACAUUGUGCCCUAUUGUGUACCUGACUCAGGCUAGUUCUCGUUUUCGCUGUCUCUCUCUGUUAUCCCGACCUCGGCUUGUUGCUGACUACGCUUUUUCUCUGUCUACGUUAAGUCUGACCAUUCUAAGGUCUGUUUAUAUGUUAUAUCCUUGUUUUGUUCCUUGCUGUCCUGAACUCUGAGUGUUGGGGUAUUACACUGUGACAUACAGCCCAUUAUAGUGAAUAAAGCUAAGAAUACACUGGCACUCUUUUCCAGUAAAUGGGCAACUGUUUGCCAGGGUCAUUGCUGGGCACCAGGUCUUUUCUCCUGCUGGCGUACACCAUUUGGCUUCUGCUGAGUUGCAGAAGCGGAGAGUUAUUGGCAAAGAAAGACAUUUAGCCAGCAUGGAACUCUCGCUAGUUAGUUAGACACCCUCAAUGAUGCAGGCAGUAAAGGGGUUUUAACUGAGUGAGUGAAUAAUAUGACCCUUUGCAACUUCCUGUACUGUUUUGAAAGCAGGGGGCGAAACUAUGUUUUCAGCAUACUUGCAGACAUAUUAUUAACUAGUGGCUUCUGACAAGAUAUUCUUACCUACAGGCUGGUAAUAAUAACUAUGAACAAGAUUUCAUUCAACAAAUUACAUGAAUAUAAAAUCUUUGUACACUAUAAGCAACAAAACAACCUUUUCUUAAUAGAGUAAUUCUUGUGUUUAGGUCAUGCCCCUGCGGUCUAUCUGCUCAUUCUCUAUCAUUUAGGAGUUAAAUCACUUUGUUUAUGCAGCCCUAGUCUCUCCUCCCCUGCAUGUGACAUACAUAGUCUCCUUAUACAUUUCCUGUAAGGAAAGAGCUAAUGUUUACACUUUCUUUAUUGCAGUCUGUUUAAUUUAGAAUUUCUUAUCUCCUGCUUUUUUAAUAGCCCACUAGAGCCGACAGGGGCCGCCGGUGUGUGAUUUAAUGUUCAAUUAACAGAGCAGGAGAUAAAAACCUAAGUAAGCAGUGCAGUUGAAACCAUUUUUUGCCAUGUUGGCUAUGUUAGUCAACGCCAGUGGAGGUUUGGCUAGGGCUGCAUAAACAGAAACAAAAGUGGUUUGACUCAUGAUCUAUACACUAAAACUGCUCAAUUAAGCUGAAAUUGCUUUGGUGACUAUAGUGUUCCUUAAAAUGUGCUAACUUGAAAAACACUUCUCCCUGUAAACCCACAUGAGAUAUAAUUAUACAUUUUUAUUAAAUUUUUUUUUUUGCAUUUUUACUGUUUUAUCAGUGCGUGGCAGAAGGGAGUAAAUUAAGAAUGGAUGCUUCAACCUCAAGGAAAACAGCACCAGAAUGUUCAGAGCAUUCUGCAGAACUUUGUAAUAAGGCAGCUCCCAGUGAAAGGUGUGUGUGUGUGUGUGUGUGUGUGUGUGUGUGUGUGUGUGUGUGUGUGUGUUAUGUUUUGUGUGUUUGUUUUGGAAACACUACCUUGUUUAAUGGCAUCCUAAGAUUCUGUCAUCCAUAAAUCAUGUAUAUCUACUUUCAGGUAAUUUAGAUUUGCUCUAUGCAAUUUGUCCAAACAGUAAAGGGAGACUGCCAUCACUAUCAGUCUUCCCAGACCAGAGUGGAGACUGUAAUCCUUAUUAUUUUGUUGUAUGGUGCUUGUGUGGGGCACAUCUGACACCUGCAGGAUUAAAAUAACAUUACAAAUUUUAAAAAAACGUAUUCCGUUUUAACAUUGGAGUGUUCCUUUUAAUGCUAUAGGAGACAUUUUAGACAAGUGGCUGCUUCUAACUUUGUGGUAACAGUUUGGAGAAAGCCCUUUUUAUGUUCCAGCAUUACUGUAUACCUUGAGAAAUAGAAAAGUAAAAUAGUGGUGCUAAAAUCCAAUAAAAUGUACAAUAUAAAACCCAGUGCAUCUAAAAAACACCCAAGUGCUCCUAAUAACACUUACAUAGACAAUUGGAUACAAUGAUAGGGUGAUUUGCACACAGUGGUGAAUGGUUUUCUUUGGUAUUUAACCUAGAUAUUAUAAACGUAAAAAACCCAUCAUAGGACAGUAUGUUUAUACAAGAUAAAAAGUGAGAAAUAACUUGAAACACUCACAGUAUUUAGAGCCCAUGUAAGUCGGCUCUAAACUAUAAUGGCAUUGUCAUCAAUCCAAUGUUGGUGCAGGAAAAAAGUACAGGUCUCCCGGAAGGUAGCGAUAUUUCUUUGGAUAGGAAUUCAGAAACCCGGAUAAAAGGUAAGUUUCAAAUGUUUUAUUAGAGUAAAAAGUAGUAAAAACAGGCACAACACGUUUCGACCUUUCAAUAGGUUUUCCUAUAUAGAUGAUAUAAAGCACUAUAGGCACUCAGACCACUUCAUCUCAAUGGAGUAGUCUGGCUGAAGUAUCCAGAAAUGGUUUCAAUGUAAGGCUAAACAAACUUCUAGUGGUCGUCUUCCUGACAUCCCACUAGAUGGUGCUUUUGCUAUUAGAACCGAGCCAGAUUUGGUUCUUUCACAUAACCACCUCUGAUGCGUCUCAUAGGGAGCAUUUGAUUGGCCUGCUGCACUUCUCAUCCACAAUGCUUCUCUAUGAUAAACAUUGGAUGGGACGAGAAGUCAGAAAAUGUAAGCAUACUUGGUUACGAAAAGUAGGUGGAGAAGGCCUCCUUAUAGUCCUUUCAUGUAGUCCUGAAAUCAAAUCAAGAUUAUUUUUGUUAAUGUAGGUUUUAUUUAAUGUUUUCUUACAUACAUUUUGCAUUGGCAUGCAUGAAAAAUGUAUAGAUAACUUAUGUAGGUUUUUGUAUGUUCUUGUCACAAAUAGAAAAAAAAUCUUGUUUUGGGUGAUUGAAGCAAACAACUAACCUAACAAGGAUUUGUUUAUUGCAUUGUAAAUUUGCUGGUUUUAAUUAAAUAAUAUUUUUACUUUAUUAUAGAAUAUCAAAUAACAGUGGCACAGUCACCCCAGAGAAAUGUUCACCACCUUCUGCCCUGCAGACAUCGUUAAUAAGAGAUUUCUGUGGCGGAGAGCAGACUGAUCAAGAGCCAAGAAAGAACAGUGAGGUAUUGAAUACAAGAACUUUAUUUGACUUUCAACAUUGUAUCAUGUACACUCACAUUUGAGUUUGUGAAGACAAUGCACUGCACAGAACAUUAUGUUUGAGCAUGGAGAUUUAAAAUAUGUUCUCUGUAACCUAAUAGUUGACCAGAAACCAUAUGAAAAAAGGAAAAUAAUAAUAACUAGAAAAGCUACAAUUUCUGGGGAAAUUGUGUGAAGUGUUCUUGCCUCCACCAGUAGUCUACAACUGGAGUGGGCGGCGUAACUGUUAUCAUUUAUAUAGCACAUUUAAUUGCAACGUUGUUGCACAGUUACAUUAAACCAUACAUUUAUAAAAACAUUAGCAGGUGUUCAAAAGGCCCUGUCUAUGACAUCACUUGCUGCUGCAGCUUGACACAGGUCAGAGUAUUUUGGUGGCUGCCAUCUUCAAACGGUCGUAUCUUAAAAACUAUAACUCCUACAGUGAAGAGCUUUAUAUUGUGAGAAUCACAAGACCCAGACCUACAUUUUGAUGCAUAGUAUGUCUCUGAAGUAUUAAAAUUGAAGGCACAGUCGCAGUUUAGAAAUUGCACUUCAAAUUUGAGCUUUGUAGAGGGAAGUUUCAAUGAAGUUUCAAGCUGAAAAAUCAGGACAUGAUUUCUAAACUGCCACCACUCCCUCAUUUUCAGGUCCACCUACACAAAUCUUAUAUCAAAACGUUCAGCUAUCCCUGCUGCCACUAAACAUGUCAACGGCUAAGCCAUAGUCCUGAUAGUUUUCACAAUAUAAUAAUUUGUUUGCAACUAACGCCGUCCAUUGACUUUCAUUGAAACUUCACUCUGCAAAGCUCAAAUUUGAAGUGAAAUUUCUAAACUGCGACUGUGCCUUCAAUUUUAAUACUUCAGAGACAUACUAUGCAUCAAAAUGAUUCUCACAAUAUAAAGCUCUUCGCUGUAGGAUUUAUAGUUUUUAAAAUACGACCGUUUGAAGAUGGCAACCGCCAAAAUACUCUGACCUCUGUCAAGCUGCAGCAGCAAGUGAUGUCAUAGACAAGGCCUUUUGAACACCUGCUAAUGUUUUUAUAAAUGUAUGGUUUAAUGUAACUGUGCAACAACGUUGCAAUUAAAUGUGCUAUAUAAAUGAUAACAGUUACUACGCCCACUCCAGUUGUAGACUACAGGUGGAGGCAAGAACACUUCACACAAUUUCCCCAGAAAUUGUAGCUUUUCUAGUAAUAUAUAUGUGAGAUAACAAUAAGUGGUCUUGCUAUGCAAGAACACUUAAUAAAAAAGGAUACAUGUAUUUUUAUUGUUUUAAAUGAUAUGUUGGUUGACAGAUUGACACAAAGUGUAAAAAUACAUAAAUAAUACUCUGAAAUAAACUCUGUCAUGUAGAAUUAUAGUGAUGAAAUGUACUUGGAUUACCCAAUAGGUAGCCCUCCAGUUGUUGCUCUAUCUCUGAAAUUGAACACUUGAAAAUGCAUACAUUUUAAGGUGAUUUGUUUUAUAAAGUAUAGACUGGACAAUAAGCAGGAAAUGUCUUUCUGGUGUUGCUGACAUUUUAAAGUUUUUGUAGUGUUAAAGUGACAUCUUUUUGUUGUAGAUUCAGUGGUUACAAUUAUUUCAGCUGGUUGAAAAACAAUGUCAGGAGCAGAUGGUUGCCCAACAGGAGCAAUUUAAUUGCCAGAUCCAGGUCAGUGUGUCUCAUUUUACAGGUUUAAAGGGUUUAUAAUGAAAUGACCAUAAAUUAAUUUUGUACAUAGUGCUUUAAAAAAACAAACCAAAAAAAACACAUACACCGUACCCACCCGCUGAUUUCACUCCCUUUAUUCACACUCACUAAUCAGCAUCUAUCAGGCUAACAAAUGUCUAAGGCUGGUCUUAUAGAACACUCCCAUGUAAUAGGCCUAAUGUGCGUCCGAUUUGUGAUUGUGGGACUUUACAGCAAACACAGUAACUGUUACCUCCUAAAAUUCCUGACUAAUGGGCUCACCCACCACAGCCUCUGGUCUGUUGGCUCAGCUGGCCCCUGUCACUGACUUAUUGGGCCUAAGAUGAUACCUGGUGGUGACUGCUCCUGUCUACCUUUCAGCCCACUGCGUGGUUUUAGGGUUAUAUCCAUAGGUUCAUCCAAGGAUCACACUAUUGCAUUCCCUAUAAUAGACCCUUUCAUUUGGCUUAUUAUAAUAUAGAAUAACAUAGUGUUUAAUAUAAAAUGAUAUAGUGUGUGCGCCCAAAAUUUUGCAUAUUCCCUCCCCAUCCAGCUGCUUUUGCUGAAUGUCAGCACCCAUCAUAUAUAGUCAGCAGUUGUUUAUUGAUGAUGGGAAUUAAAAUUCAGUCAUGAGAUGGGGGCUGUAAUUUGUACCAGCAUUCUCAACAUAAUGAAGAUUAUUAAAAUGCCUUCCUCUGUUUUUUUUUUUUUGUAAUCAUACAGAUAUAUUUGCCAUCUCCUUUUAAUGUUUUCUCUUGGAAGACUGAAUCAUAUUGUUGGGGCAAGUUGCUGCAGGUUUUUGCGUGUGUGCUUGCAAUGCAUGUGUGUAAAAUCAAAACCACCUAUCCGUAUCAGGUGUAUACAUGCACCUUAUGAGAUUGGCAUGUGUCUUUAGGCAGUGUUAGUCAAUAUUUGUAUGGUUAAGACUUGCAUAUGAGCAAUAUUCCUAUCCUCCCCCUAAUUACAUUAACAAAACUAUUUAUUAUUAAUGGAAACCCUUUACCUAAUCUAAUAACAGCUGACUACCUCCCUCCUUUUACUUCAUACAAUAUGCAUGCAUUCAAUAUGAGAGAGGCGGUUAAAAAUCAACUGUCUAGUACUUGAUCAGUUAAGUUUGUGCUGGUAGGUGAGCUGAAGAAAAAGUGUUUUUUUUUGUUUUUUUGUGCUGUUUGAGAAUUAAACUGAAGGUAAGCAAAAUGAUCAUAUACAUUAUUUAAAACACAGUAGAUAAAGAUACAUGAUUUCUCCUGCCCGAUUGUUGGAAAGGUUAAUCUUUCUGCCUCGGUGGUUCAGUAAUUGGGUCAUCUGGCAUGCAGUAGACUGUAAAUUACAUUUUGUUUUGUCUAGUUCUUUGCAGUUCCCUUUUAGGUUAGUGAAAUCCUUAUUUUACUUAUGAUUGUAUAGAACUUAAAAUAGCCAAGCAACAGCUAAACCUCUUAUAGCUUUUGUUAAAUAUUUUGUAAUGUUUGUCCAUGUGUUCAUCGAUAAUUAAUUUUCCCCUCACAUGAGUCGUAAUUCAGUGUAUUUCUCUUUGUAGGUCAUACGUGAUGAAAUUAAGCAUUUAAUCCAGUUACAGAGUGGUGGAUCUCCUCAGAUAAUUAGCACAGGAGAUGCUAGUUUAUCUAUGGCAGGCAGUGCUAAUCCUCGAACAAUUCGUGGUGGGCCGCAAUCAAGACACCAAGAGAACACGGACAAAAUAUCCAGAUCAUUAUCUCAUAAUGGAGAUGAAAAGCAACAGAAAGCUUUUAUCACACAAGAGCAAUUUGUAGAAAAUACCUCGGUCAGCAGUGGCUAUGGAACACAUUCUGUCUCUGAGGCCAACACAGGUUUAAGCAGCUAUAGCCAAAAUACCUCAAGGGAGAGCCGACUACCUACACAACAUACUUUCAAAGAAAGUAAGGCCCAGCCUUUGACUCACAACUUAAUUCAGGCUCCUGAAGAAAUUGUAAGGCAUUUUAUUCAAGGUUCAGGUAAACAAUGGCAACUGUCACUUCAUGAUAACACUUCCAAAGAUGCCACAAUUACACCAGAACACACAAGAGACCACAUAUCAUGUGAUCAAAGUACAUCCAUUGAAAAUGAUGGAUUAAAUAGGUAAGUGAACGAAAAUUGUUUAAAAAAAAAAGAACUGACAUUUGUUCACAAGCCAAUAAUUUUUUUUAAACUUGCUAUGGGUUAUCAUGCUUUUGAUUUACUAAAAGGUCAGUUUUUAAUUAAUUAUAUACCUCAAUUAUUAUUAUGGCCUUUAAUUUUGUGCAGAUGCUAGUAGUAUAGAAGUGCUAUGAAAGUAUGUUGUUUUUGUGUUUUCAAUUGGCAGGUGUUAGAGUGAGAAAUUGGUACUUCCAUAAUCCCAUCUUGGUACAAAAUAUUGCCUCAGUGAAUUUCAGGAAAAAUGUAUAAAUAAAACGAAUAUAAUAGGUUGAUUCAAGGGAACGUAGGAAUUAUAUGCUUUGCAUGCUUUACCGCUCUGAUGCAACUUUUGCACAAAUAUUGUCUGGGUAAAAUAGACGGAUAAAUUGCUACGUCAUGGUGUAUUUGCAUAUUGUGUAUUAAAUGAACUACAAUAAUCUGUCUGGUAUUGGAAAGGGCAGGUGUACACCUGUAAUUGUGGUCACACUAAUAGUGUUAUUCACUAAUGUGAGAGUUCUAAUUCAAGGCCAGAGUAGCUGAACUGAAAACACAGCUGACUUCGGUUAUUGUUUUUUUUUUUUGUUUUUUUUUGUUAAGCUAUUUUGACCUUAAUUUUACUCACUUUGAAUUCUCAAUUUAGUAAAUAUUGUAAGAAUUGUGGGCGUGCACACAUUUAAGGGCACCUGCUAUGCCUAUCGCUAUAUCACAUUCAGGUGUAAGUUAAAAUCUUUUUGUGAAAAUACAAUUAUUAGUGCUAUAUCAAACACUGUGUAAAUCUCAAUAUAUAUAUAUAGUAUUGCUAUUAAACAUUUGCAGUGAAAACAAAAUGCUGCUCUGUUAGUAGUGUCAAGUGCAUUGUAGGUUAAUGUGUGCCACCAACUACUGGUGAAAAGAAAUUUACCACGGUUGAGUUUGCCAUGCACCCUCCAGGCUUGCGGUGGAUAGUAACUUUUAAAGUGGCUCUGUCACCUCCCCUUCUUGGGGAAAAAAGAGCAUUUCACAAAAAUAAAAUCUUUAUGAAAUGCUCAUAAAGACUGAAAAUUUCACUGAAACUCCAACUCAGUCAAAAAAUAUGUAUUUUUCUUAUGUUUGACAAAAAGGUGGUCACUAGUGAUGGCUGAGGUUAAAACACUAUUAUUCCUGGCAUAUGGUGGCAGUACAAUAGGGAUGCACUCUUCCCUGGGACAAGCAUCUGAAAUUAAUAUUAACAUAAAAAGUUCUUCCCCCAACAGGUAUAAGACACCAACCUGCCAUGGACCCUCAGUUUUCUUUCUUGUUCUAUGAGGAACGGAUGACAUCUGGAUUUUCUGUGGUGAGGCUCAUGGGUUGCUGCCUGGACCGGACUGGCCCACUGGGAUACCGGGAAAUUUCCCUGGGGGCUGCACAACUCUAACUCCCUAUAGAGAGAAAGCCCUGCGGCCAUUUUCAAUAAUAUCCCGGACGCAUGUAGGUGCCGUCUGGUGGCCGGUCCGGUGGUACACUCCGAGGGGGUUACCUUGCAGCCGGCGGCCCCAUCUCAUGUGUUGUAUGACUGCUGUCAGUAUCAAUGAGUGGGCCGGGCGGCCUCCUAAAUGGUACCUAGCAGUACAGCUGUCAGCGCAGGAGGACUGAGGGAUGGGGCAGAGCUAACUACCAUGCUCCCUCGCGGUUCCCACAAUUCCCAGCACAGCCACAUCAUAGUGUGAUUACUCUAUGAUGUAUCAAUGCUGGGAAUUAUGGGAACCCUGAGGGAGCAUGGUAGUUAGCUCUGCCCCUCCCUCAGUCCCUCUGUGACAAGGUCAGCAUCAGACACAGGGGGGGGGGGAGGGUGAUAGAGAGACACAGGGGAAUAUGGACAAAGAGACAGAGGGGUAAUAGAGAGACACAGGGGAAGGGGGACAAAGAGACAGAGGGGUAAUACAGAGACACAGGGGAAGGGGGACAAAGAGAAAUAGGGGUAAUAGAGAGACACAGGGGAAUAGAGACAGAGACAGAGGGGUAAUACAGAGACACAGGGGAAGGGGGGACAAAGAGACAGAGGGUUCAUAGAGAUACAGAGGGGUAAUAGAGAGACACAGGGGAAGAGAGGACUAAGAUAGAGGGGUAAUAGAGAUACACAGGGGAAGAGGGGACAAAGAGACAGAGCAGUAAUAGAAUGACACAGGGGAAGAGGGGACUAAGAGACAGAGGGGUAAGCUAGAGACACAGGGAAAGGGGGACAAAGAGACAGAGGGGUAAGAGAGAGACACAGGGUGGAGUGGUGAGAAAGUGACACACCAAUGGUUUGUUGGGGGGACAAAGAGACAUACAGAAGGGAAGGGGAACAAAGUGACACACAAGGUUUGUGGGGGGAAAAACUGGUCUGGGGGGAAAAGAGACACAGAGUGACUGGGAGAAGAGAAAGAGGCACACAGAGUCUGGAGUUAGAAAAAGACACACAAAGGGGAUUUGGAAGGGGAGAAAGAGACAAAGGGGCUGGGGCUAAGACAUACCCAAAAGGGUCUGAGAAGGAAAGAGUCAUACAGAGGCUGGAGAAGGGUAAAAAAGAAACACACAAGAGCUGGAAUGAAGUAAAAGAUACACUAGGGGAGCUAAAAGAGAAUUACAAGGGUGGCUUGUUAUCACAGAAGUGAUUAAACAUUCUGCUCGUGUCAUGGGCUUGACAUCGGUGGUCUGGACAGUUGACAUGGCCUCAAAGUCUGCACUUUGUGAACUUCCUUUGGAAAAGAAGAAAUUAUUUGGUUCUCCUUUAGAAGAAUUAAUCCGACAGAUGUCGGAAACCAAAAAAGCUCUUCCUCAGGACAGGAAGUAUACCUGGAAGCCCAGAUACAAAAUCUUCCAGCACAAGAACCGAAGGGGGUAUCAAGUAACCCAGGUUUUUUUCAUCAACAAAGGAACGAUCCAAGGUUUGACCCACAUAAAGACAUCAAAACUGAGAGAGCAAAAAGAUUCUGACGCCAUACGAGUGGGUGGACAGAUACAACAAUUUGCUCACAGAUGGAGAGAAACCACUGCAAAACUGUGGAUUUUGAAUCUGGUUGCAAAAUGAUACAAAAUAAAGUUCUUAGAUGUACCAUGACCAGGUUUCCUUAUCUCCUCCUACCAUUUAAAGCUAAAAAAACAAGCUCUCUUGUUCGCUACGGUUACACUUUUUUUUUAAUUUUAUUUUUUUUAAAGAAAGGUUUUAUCGAUAGAGUUCCAAGAGCCAAGCUAUAUCAGAGUGUCUACUCUUGGUUGUUCCUGCUCCCAAAACCCAUUAUAUUCUUUCGCCAUAUUUUGGAACUGAAAGAGAUAAACAACUAUAUUCCAUAUCAGCAUUUCAGAAUGGAAACUAUCACGUCAGUCACUCGUAUCCUUCAAAAAUGAGAUGUUAUGGCAACAUUGUAUUUGAAAGAUGCCUACCUACACGUACCUAUGGAUGUAGGCUCAAGAAAGUACCUGCGAUUUGCCAUAAGAAAGGGUUUCAAGGUUCAUCACUUUCAAUUCAAAACCCUUCCAUUCAGCUCCCAGGAUAUUUACAAAGGUUCUAACGCCUAUCACAGCGUUCUUAAGGGAACAAGGAAUCACAGUUAUUCCAUACUUUGACAACUGGUUAAUUAUGCAAAGUCAAGAGACACUUUAGAUACAGAUAUGGAUUACACCAUCAAAAUCCUAGAAGAACAUGGUUGGGUAAUAAACCUAGAAAAAUCGAAUAAUCAUCCUACAAAGUCAAUUCAGUUUCUAGGUUUCUUAAUCAAGUCAGACUCUCUUGCUAUCCACCUUAUGCGGCGAGUAGAAGAAGGAUAGAGAAGCGGAUAAAAGAAUUUCAGAGAGAACCAAAAGGCUCUGUAAGAAAAGCUAUGCAGGUGUUGGGAUACCUCACUUCCACUAUCCCAGCAGUAAAAUGAACCAGAGGAGAAUUAAGGCCUUUACAAUGGGAAAUGUUUACAAAGUGGUCAAAGAAAGAAUAAGACUUGGAUACCUUGGAUAAAUAUUUCAGAUUCUGUAAAAAGGCAACUGAAUUGGUGGGAAAGGACCAGAUUCAUGUCAGAAGGUCUAUCCUUUUGACCAAAAGGAUGGGUCAUAAUCACCACAGACGCUUUGAAUAAAGGUUGGGGAGCACACCUGCGGUGUCAUUUCAGGCAAGGAACGUGGUCCACAGAAGAAAAAAGGGAAUUUGUUGUGUAUGCUCUUCAUCAGUUCAGGCCUCUCAUUGUGUGUGGAAAGCAGUGAACAUUCAGUCAGACAGCCAGACUACGGUGACUUACCUGAACAAACAAGGGGGUACAAGGAUAAGAAAGUUGCACACGACUUGUGUCCUGGGAUCAAAGUCAUCUAAAAGACCUAUUCGUUACUCCUAUAAGCGGGAUAGACAACAUUAUUGCAGACGACCUGAACAGAUUGAGAUGGUCCCAGAACGAGUGGUCUCUAAAUCCAGUCAUUUUUUAUCAGCUGGUGAAAAUAUUCGGUCUACCUGUCAUAGAUCUUAUGGCGAGAAGGUCGAACACAAAGCUGCAAGCAUAUGGCUCCCUCUUCAAGGCAGACGUGCGUCUGGUUCAGGAGGGGCUGUUAAUCAAGCGGGACAUCAGCCUUGGAUACAUAUUUCCCCCGGUGAGCCUUAUUCCAAGAGUUUUGCAAAAGGUGAAGACAGAAAAGACAAUGGUACUGGCCAUAAUCCCAUACUGGCCAAAUCGGAGCUGGUUCUCGGCUUUUGAUGACAAUGGUUUUAAAUUACUGAGAACUUCCGGUUUCAACAGAGCUCCUGGAGAAUGAAGGGAUUCCAGUAGAGAUAUUGAAGAUGUUCAAAUUGACGGCUUGGCUGUUGCAUGGCUAAUCCUACAUAACAGGGGCAUUAAGAAAGAGAAAUUCAAGAUACUGCUGCAUUCUACCAGAAUAUCUACCUCUGCUAUCUACUUGAAGAUUUGGACAAAAUUCCUUCAUUGGUGCAUCUCUCAUCAUUGCCUAAGAAAUCCUCCUUCUACAGAUACAAUCCUGCAUUUUCUUCAAGACGGCCUUCAAGCAGGUCUUAAUUUGUCUUCCCUUAAAGUUCAAGUUUCUGCUCUGAGCCACUUUUUGGUAACGAACUUAGCUUCAAAUCUUCUUGUUAGAUUUUUUUUUUUUUUUCUUGGUACCUGUCUUUAGUAUUGAAGGCUUGUACCCUGCCUUUUGAACCUUUGGUGAAAUCUUCCUUAAAGUUCUUGUCUCUAAAAACUGCCUUUUUGGUGGCUAUAACUUCUGCUAAGAGAAUAGGUGGCGUUUGGGCUUUUUCAUCUUCUUCUGAAUUUACAAAGAUUCUUCCAGACAAGGUUGUUCUUUAUCCAAAACUAUAUUGUCCAAAACCAUCACUCAGCCCCUCAUUGUGUCCCUUAGGCUCCUCCUCCAGCCCCUUCAUGUGUCCCAUUCCCUCUCCCCUUAGCACCUCCAUGUUUCUCAUAAUCUCCUCCCUCCCAGCCCCUCAAUGUGUCCCAUUUCUCCUUCUCCCCUCCCUGUGUCCCAAACCUUCCCCCUCUCCCCGUUCCCCUCUCUGUGUCCCAUACUGCCCUCUGUCCCCCUCCCUUCUAUAUAUCCCAUACAUACUCUACCUCAUACCCCCCCUCUCUCCCCCUUUCCUCCAUGUGUCCCAUUGUUCCCUCUCUCCUCCUCCCCCCCAUGUGUCCCAUUGUUCCCUCUCUCCUCCUCCCACCUAUGUGCCCCAUUGUUCCCUCUCUCCCCCCUCCCCUCAUGUGUCCCAUUGUUCCCUCUCUCCCCCCUUGUGUCCCAUUGUUCCCUCUCUCCCCCCUUGUGUCCCAUUGUUCCCUCUCUCCCCCCAUGUGUCCCAUUGUUCCCUCUCUCCCCCAUGUGUCCCAUUGUUCCCUCUCUCUCCUCCAUGUGUCCCAUUGUUCUUUCUCUCCCCCCUCCUCUCCCUGUGUACCAUUUCUCCCUCUCUUCCUCUCUCCCCCCUCCACUGCACGUGUCCCAUACCCUCCAUUUCUCCCCCCCUUCCCUCUAGGUGUUUAAUACCCUCCAUUUCUCCACUCCCAUCUACCCUCCCUGUAUCUCAUACCCUCUCUCUCCUCCCCCUCCCCUCCUGUACCUUACUGGCCGCGGUUUCCCGUUCUGACAGAAAGUGCUCUAACAGUGAGCAUUUCCCCGUCAGACCACUCGGCCAUGCUACAUACAGGCAAGUUGGGAGCAGCACAGUGCAGCUCUCUCUUCCUGCCAGACCUCCGGGAACCACGGACCCGGGCCCAUACGGUAUCCAGGCGGCCCACGGUCGCAGGGGUCGUGGUACGCCAGCGGUGGCAGUACAUCAACCACCCCUCCCCCCCCAUGAAUAAAUUUCAUAUUUUUGCAGUAUUAAGUCUCUGAUGUUCUAUUGGGACGUACUGAGGGUCCAUGGCAGGUUGGUGUCUUAUACCUGUUGGGGGAGAAACUUUUAUGUUAAAUUUAAUUUCAGAUGCUUGUCCCAGCGAAGAGUACAUCCCUAUUGUACUGCCAUCAUAUUCAGGAAAAAGGAGAUUAAAAUUUGCAGUUUUCUCUAGGUUUCGAAAUACACCAAGAACCUAGAAGAUCACCAGAAAAACUACAGUUUAAUGUAGUUGUUCUGGUGUCUACUGCCUGUCCAUGCAGGCUUUUUAAUGUAAACACUGCCUUUUCAGAGAAAGAUUAGGUUAAGAUUAGAACAAACAAAACAUUUUAAGAAAAAUUUUGUUAUAAUAUAUACAUUUUAUACUCCCCUAAAUAUGUUAACUCUGAAUAAAUGAAGCCUUUGCAGUAGUAGAAAUGCUUUAUUGCUUGGAUUGGCUGCAAUCCUUAGUUUUGAUGAUCACAACCAAGGCGUUUCGUGGGAGGAGACCUGGCGCUGGAAAACAGGUAAGUAAAAUCACCUUUUAAUCGGGGGUAAGUGAGGGCCGGUCACCUAAACAGCUAUUUAGACCUAUAGUGUUUGGAAUACGUUUGUUUUCCUGACACUAUAGUGUUCCUUUUAAGUCUCGCUUGCCGCGUAGGACUUAACAUUUUGAUCCCUCUGUGCACAGCAUGUUAUGCUUACUUAAAAAUAUUUACUUCUAAAUUUGUACUCUAGCAAACCAUUAACAACCUGGGCUCAAAAGCUAAAAAAUAAUCAUCAUAAGAAAAGUAACCAAAAAGAUCUGGUGUCUCCCCAAACUUCUCAGGCAAGAACAGAGGCUGAGACAUUGAAUCAGGUAAGCUUACAAUGAAGUCUAUCAUUCAUUUGUGUACUGUCUAGUUUUCAUUAUUUGUUCAUAAAAUGCAAUCUAUAAAGAAACCUGAUUUUAUUUUUUUGUGCAAAAUCUAUUGUAUUAUUAAAAAUUUAAGAUUAGAGCAAACAAAACAUCUUAAACAAAUUUAAUUUUGUUAGUGUCAUAAAAAUAUAUCUUCUAUACUCCCCUAAAUAUGAAUAAAUGAAGCCUUUGCAAUAGUAGAAAUACUUUAUUGCUCUCCAGCUUAAAUCUGUAAAUAUUACAGAAUCUUAAAUAUUAUAACACUAAAGCAUUCAUGUUCCUAAAACUAUAUUGUUCCUUUAAAGGACCACUCUAGGCACCCAGACCACUUCAGCUUAAUGGAGUGGUCUGGGUGCCAGGUCCAGCUAGGGUUAACCCAUUUUUUUAAUAAACAUAGCAGUUUCAGAGAAACUGCUAUGUUUGUAAAUGGGUUAAUCCUUCCUCCAAUUCCUCUAGUGGCUGUCUCAUUGACAGCCGCUAGAGGCGCCUGCGUGAUUCUCACUGUGAAAAUCACAGUGAGAGCACGCAAGCGUCCAUAGGAAAGCAUUGUGAAUGCUUUCCUAUGAGAUCGGCUGAAUGCGCGCGCAGCCAGCCGAGUGGGAGGAGAAGGAGGAUUGGAGGAGGAGAGCGCCCCGCCCAGCGCUGGAAAAAGGUAAGUUUUAAACCCUUUCCUCUCCCCGGGCGGGAGGGGGACCCUGAGGGUGGGGGACCCUCAGGGCACUAUAGUGCCAGGAAAGCGAGUAUGUUUUCCUGGCACUAUAGUGGUCCUUUAAUUCUCCACUGAAUAUUUACAUGCAUAUGAAGAAUGUGCACCAAAAUACUAAAGGGCCUCCCUAGACUGCUAAAGUGCUUAAAGGGACACUGUAGUCACCAGAACCACUACAACUUAUUGUAUUUGUUCUGACAUUCAGUGUCUCCACCCUCUGCAUGGGGACAGUGAACUUUCUUCAUAGAGAUGCAUUGAUUUAAUGCAUCUCUACGAGUAGAUGCUGAUUGGCCAGAGUAAUGUCUGGCUCUGCCCCUGGCUUACCUUUUUGGCUGAGAUCAUCAGAAUUGAGAAUCUCAGCCAACCCAUUUCUUUCCUAUGGAAAAGCAUUGUGAUUGUAUGAGAUAUUAUUAUAUUUAGAGGGGCCAGGGGGGCUAGAUCGUGUUUUUAACUCUAUAGAAUCAGAAUUACAUAUUUGCGUUUAUAGAGUACAGAGUUCAUACAGAGUUAUUAAUACAAUACAUCUCUAUGAGUAGAUGCUGACAUUCAGUGUCUCCACCCUCUGCAUGGAGACAGUGAACUUUCCUCAUAGAGAUGCAUUGAUUUAAUGCAUCUCUACGAGUAGAUGCUGAUUGGCCAGAGUAAUGUCUGGCUCCGCCCCUGGCUUACAUCUUUGGCUGAGAUCAUCAGAAUUGAGAAUCUCAGCCAACCCAUUUCUUUCCUAUGGAAAAGCAUUGUGAUUGUGAUUGUAUGAGAUCAUCACUUCUGACGAUGUCAGCCAAGGAAGCAAAUCAGGGAAAGAGCCUGCACUAGCAGACUAGAAUAAAUGUAAAAUAUUAUUAUAUUUAGAGGGGUCAGGGGGGCUAGAUUGUGUUUUUAACUCUAUAGAAUCAGAAUUACAUAUUUGCGUUCCUGACCUUAUAUUGUUCCUUUAAUGUGUGAAAGGUGUGUCCUCAUUUUAUAGAGUACAGAGUUCAUAAGAAAUUGGCCCUUUUAUAAAUAGAAAUUGGCACAUCGAUAACUUAACCUUGUUACACCCCUCUGACUGUCAAUUAGACAAAUAAUAAAAUGCAUGCAUGGUUUCACUAGCGAUUUAUCUGCAAAACAAUUAUUAUUAUUUUUUUUUUUAAAGUUGUAUAUUUUUAUUUUUAUAGAACGAAAACACUGAUGGUUUUUCAAACACAUUUUAUCUCAAUAACCGCUCCGAGAGUACAAACUCCUUAUUUUCUGCUGGGUCUGGUAAGUAAAACUAUACAGUUAAUUUUCUCCUUUCUUUGUACAGUAGAGUUAACUUAUUUUUGGUCUGUAAUUUACAAUGGUGCACAUCAAAUGUAAACAAGGGAAAGUAUACAGUUUUGUUUUUUUUAAAUUAUUAUUCUAAUCCCUUUCACACUUCAAUGUGAAAACACUUAGUAGUUUGAUUUCCAUUUGGGAAAUGUGUAGUUUGGUACAGAGCAAGUAUUGAUUACCAUUGAUGCUUGUGUUCUUAUGGUGAAGGUAUUUUGGAUCUGCAUUUAGUCACUAACAUGAGUCAGAAUGGCACUUUAUCUGCGACACUGUCCCAUCUAGUGGUUAUUACAAAUAUGUAAAACACAAUUUUUUUUUUAAGAGAGCGUAGAUAUUUAAAAAUAAUUUGUAUUUAGGUGGAAGGCCAUUAUCUGCCACUAGAAUUGCAAAUAAAGUCCAGUUGAUCUCAAACAUGUUUUCCUCCCUCUCUCCUUUUUGUUUUUGUACUUUUGUUUAUUAAUCCAGGGCCCUUCCACAAUACUGGCAUGCACAGUUGUUAUCCUAUAUUUAAUUAACUGUUAAUUUAGAGUUAGACGUGCCCAACACAGUGAGUAUUUGGUGUGAUUCUAAGGGGAAGGAAGUGUCUAAUCGAGGUAAUACAAAUGCCGAUCUUCUUGGGGUAAUUUGUUUCAUACAUUGAUGCUUUGAAUGGUUCCAUAGUGAGGAGGAGCUUUAUUUUAGAAUCUAAGAAGAGAAAACAAUGUUGCCAAGUCCAAAAUGAACUUAGAACAGAGAGAUCAGUAUGGGUGGUACCAGAUCCACCCUGGGCUUGAACACUAGGAGUAAUGCUGUAUGGAGAGAAAAAAGGGGGAAUCUCAAACCAGAGGAAAAGCUAAGGAUUCCACUCUGGUAAAAAAAAAUAUCAAAUUACAAAUAAUAAUACAAAGCUAACUAAUGUAUUUACAAUGACUUGGUAUAAUUUAAAGGGACACUGUAGUCACCAGAACUACAGCUUAAUGUAGUUGUUCUGGUGAGUAUAAUAGUUUCCCUUCAGGCAUUUUCAUGUAAAUACUGCAUUUUCAGAGAAAAGGCAGUGUCUAUAUUGCCCCUAGGGAGACCUCCAAUGGACCCUCCUUAGAUGGCCACUGGAGGGGCUUCCUGCCUCAGGGCUGCACAGUAAGCAGCCCUGCCGAUUAGCAUCCCCACGCUCUACAUGCAGACGCUGAAUUGUCCUCAUAGAGAUGCAUUGAUUCAGUGCAUCUCUAUGAGGAGGUCCCGAUUGGCCAAAACGACAUUUGGCCCCGCUUUCUUAGCAUAGAACACCCACAAAGGUGUUUCCUGGGAGCUGUAGCCUGUUAGGUCAGGAGUCAGAUAGAAGCUGUCCUGUUGAUGUAUAGGAACUUAGAACACCCAUGAAGGUGUUUUUUUAGGAGUCGUUGCUAAUUGACUGAGCAGUCAGAUAGACCAAAGUGAUACUUUACCAUUAUAUCACUCACAUUAUGUCUAAGUAUCUCUAACGACUUUGUAUUUUAAGCUCAGUAGGUGACCAAAACACAUUUGUUUUAUAUAGUGAGAUUGACCACUUCUUAAGUAUCUUGUUUGGAGAUUUCUCACAACAGCUUCUCCUUAUUUUUCGCUUGUGCCGAACCCUCUUUCUCCCUACAAUCCCCCCCUCCCACCCCCUUUUCUGUGUGAUAUAGCACGCUGUUUAGUGAAUCAUCCCCCUGUAGCACUUUAUAGCAGUAGCAAUACAGUAUCUGGACGUUUCGAUACAAGUACACAUAGGGAUUGCACUGUCAAGGCUUUUUCCAGGGGGUCUUUUACCCAUAUCUUUAGAGGUAACUGCUCAGUGCUAACUGGAUAGGCACUGUGGAUCAUUUGUUUGUUUUCCACUGCUUUUAUACAACACCAAUGAAUCCUGCAGUGCUUUACCUUUUUCAUUUGGGCAUAUAACCACAAAUAAGAAACAAACUAGCGGUAUUACAAAUGUUAACAGCACGUUCUUACCAUGAACAUUGACUUGUACCUGCUCUUGUUACUUUCAGUGUCCCAGUAAUGGCAUGGAGUAAUGCUGUCUUUGAAUCCAGUGCAAGCUGCACUUAAACACAUGUACUUACUUAUUCACUAAAGUGGGAAUUAAUGCUACACAAAUAUGCUGUUUAAUUGUACAAGAGCACCAAUAAUGUAAAUAUGUUCCACUUUGUUUGUGUUUCAUGAUUGGUGUUCUAUGUACACCAUGGGGUACUACUGACUUUGACAUGGAGAUUUUGUAUUCAGUAUAUUUCCACUGAAAGAUGUUAAUGCAUUUGAUAGCAAACCAUUGUUAGGAUUCUUGAUUUUUUUUUUUUUGCCAGGAAUAAUUUUGUGCCAUUUGAUUGAGGAAUGGGUAAAGGAGUCUAAUGAGCUAUGGUAUAUUUCUAUAUGUUGCUAGGUUUUACGUACUGGAAAAUGGAUGAGAAGGAGAUGUACCACCCCUUACCAGAAAACUUUGGAAGGUUUUCUAUCAAAGAGGUAAUUUUCCAUUAGUAUUACAUAUCGGAUUCUUCUUGGUUAAAAUAAAUCUGUCGUGUUUUAUUAUUUGAAAUUAAAGUUGGUACAUUGUCCUGACUUACUCAUGCUCAAAGGUGGCUUCCGUUUUUAAAUUGUCUUUUUAGAAGCACUGUUUAAUAGACCAAAGAUCUUGAAGAUUACAGAGAUCUAGUGUGUGUUGUGCUCAAACGACCAGCAUUGCAAAAUCUGUUCCGAAUAGUUUUUUCCUGUUCAUAUUGCCCAUGACUUGAAAAUGGCACUCUCUGAACUAAACAUAUUCAAGCUCAUUGUCCUUCCCUCUCCACAAUUUUACUGUUAAAAACACUUUUCUUACUAGGAAGAGCCAGGGUAAUUGUCACAUGGCUAAGUUGGGAACUCUAGAUGUGGGAGAAUCCGAAGGCAAGGUCAAAGUCAAAAACAAGAAAUAUGUCAGAAGCAUAUUAACAGAGGGGUCCUAUUUCCUCCCUACACCCCCAACUUUAAAAUACAACCGCAAUUUUUUAAAAUGUAUUUCGCACUAAGCAGUGUGUAUGUAUUUGAGCAUGUUUUUGUAUGGAGUAUGUGUAAGUGAAUGUUGGGUGUGUGUGUAUGUGGUGUUGGUUUUGAAUGCAGGCAUGCAUUUUUUAUGUAGUGUGUUUUUUUUUAAUGCAGUGGUGGGGUUUUUAUGUAGUGUUGACUUUGAAAUAAAUUUGUGUGUCGUGUUGGUGAGAUUCUGAGAUGUAUGCACAUAUACACAUACACACUGACACACAUGCAGAUACAUAGACACACAGUCACACACAGAUACACAUGCAGACACAGUGGCCACUCUAGGAACAAUAUAUAGAGAGGGGUGGGGGCAUGUAAGAUACCACAUUCAAAACUGGUGAAGGGGGGGCACUAAAACUUUUCACUAGGGGAUGGGGUAAUGUGCUGCCAUUGCCUGUCUGAUGCCAGCAUGCAGUGCAUGUCGCAUCAGUCAACAAAUUUGCAUAGAGUUCACAUUAGCCACCCAAAUUUCUUGUUGUGGGCUGGCUGACACUUCUUAACCCAUUAAGACCACAGGGCAUUCUAUGCCGUCCUUAAUUGGCCGGCUCUAACGCCGCAGGGCGGCAUAGAACGCCCUGGGCGGUCUUACCCCCCACGUGGCCAGCGGCACAUGGCCGCUGCAGAUCGCGGUCGGGGGGCAUGCCUGGGGACCGCUGUCUGCAGCUUCUGCUCUGCUCAGUCAGGCUGCAGUCUGAUCGCACUGACAGGCUGCCAUAGCCUGUCAGUGUGAUCAGUGUUACUAUGUGUCAGCCUAUUGGCUGACACAUGUAACUGCAGCCAUUAGCCCCCUACAGAUCAGGUACUCCUCCUGUGGCCAAUUACCGCGAUCUGUAGGAGGUGAUCACAGUGACAGCCAGUCACUGUGAUCACUGUUAGUAUGUGUCAGCCAAUGAUCUCAGAUCACUGGCUGACACAUUGUCUCUGCCCCUCUCCUCACCUCACUUCGAUCUGAGAGAGAGAGGCAGAGAGAUCGUUGCUUUUGCAGCUCCUGUGGAAAAACAAAGUUUUAAAAAUUUUUUAAAGUUUUAAAAUUUAUAUUUUAUUUAACCCUUUCAGUGCUGAUCACAGCAUAUUACUGUGAUCAACCUGAUUAGGGUAUUUAUUUAUUAUUAUUUUUUUGGAUCAAAAAAAAUUAUUUCUAAGUUUUUCGACCCUUUGUGUCAGUCGCAGCAACCCAAAUCUCCAUUACCCUUUCCCCGCUGCCGUGAUCACUAUACUGUACAGUAUAUCUGCUGUACAGUACUGUAUCAGUGAUCACUGUGAUCAGAGGGCUCUCUGAUCAGACUGACUUUUUUUUAGGGUUAUUUUUAUAGAUCUAAAAAUAACCCUUUCAGUGUACUGAUUGCAGCUGCCUAUACUGUGAUCAGUACAUUUAUAUUAUUUUUUGAGGGCGGGUAGUAGGUGUUAGGCAGGUAGAUAAUUAAUUACCACCUUAGUAUAUAAAUUAAUUAAUUUGUCCCCCUAGAAUGGCACGUCGCUACUCAGCCGAGGAGGCGUAUGCCAUUCUGGCAGGCAGUGAUAGUGACACUCUGCAAGACAGUGACACUAUCACUGCCUCUGACAUUGAGCCUCUGAGUGAGACCUCAAGUGAUGGUGCCCCACCACCACUCACAAGAGGACGCUCAGCAAGCCCAAUGCCAGACGGAGACUGGGUGCCUCCAAACAUGAUGGCCCCAGAAAUACCGCCGUUCACUGUUACACCUGGCAUCACUGUAACAGUGGACGACUGCGAGCCAAUUCGUUUUUUUGAGCUCUUUAUGUCGGACGAUAUAUUUGAGCUCAUGGCUCAGCAAACAAAUUUGUUUGCCAUGCAGUAUCUCUCUGCACAUCCGGGGUCCCAUCAUGGUCGCAGGAAUAUGUGGAGACCCACGGAUGUCGCAGAGAUGAAGCGGUUUUGGGCUUUAACCCUAAUGAUGGGUAUAGUUAAAAAGCCCAGUAUCAGGUCCUACUGGAGCAAGCAACGCAUCCUGGCUACCCCUCUUUUCCCUGAGGUUAUGUUGAGGGAUCGCUACCUGCAACUGCUGCGAUUCCUUCAUUUUAAUGAUAACUCACUGUGUCCCCCUAGAAACGACCCACUGUUUGGCUCUAUAAAAUUUGGCCCUUUAUCCAACUCCUGUCAGACAAAUUUUCUGAAAAUUAUGUCCCCGAUAAAGAUAUUUCAAUUGACGAGUCCCUUAUGAAAUUUAAAGGUCGACUGCUAUUUAAGCAAUAUAUUCCAUCUAAGCGGUCCUGAUAUGGAGUUAAAUUUUAUAAAUUAUGCGAAUCCUGUACUGGUUACACAUGGGCGUUUCGCAUUUACCAGGGGAAGGAUAGCCAUCUUGACCCACCAGGAUGCCCUGAUUUUGUGGGUACAAGUGGAAAGAUUGUUUGGUAUCUAAUCCUUCCCUUGUUGCAUAAGGGAUAUAGGCUAUGGGUUGACAAUUAUUAUACCAGUAUAGAAUUAUUUAAAAAUUUAUAUUGCUUUGAAACCCUAGCCUGUGGCACAGUGAGGAAGAAUCACAGGGGUUUCCCCCAAGCCCUGGCAAGAGGCAGAAGCAGUAGAGGUUCCUCUUCAGCUCUCCGCCAGGAUGAGUUGCUUGCUCUUCGCUUCAGUGAUAGGAAAGAUGUAUACAUGCUGUCUACGAUGCACGACGAAAGUACAGUGCCAGUGUCUGUGAGAGGUAGCACUGAGCAUCUGGAAAAGCCAAAGUGCAUUGUAGACUACAGCAAGCUUAUGGAGGGAGUAGACUUGGCUGACCAAUGCAUACAGUCCUAUCUGGUGAACCGAAAAACUAGGACCUGGUACAAGAAAAUUGCAAUCUACGUGAGCCAGAUUGCAAUUUUCAAUGCCUAUGUCCUCUCUACAAAAGGGGUCAUAGGUAGGCCCUGCCCUUUCCUCGAAUUCACAUUAAGCCUUUUGUCCCGUAUAUUAUUUACCCAGCCCCCCAAUCCCACUUUGGAAUCAGGAGAUCUCCAAAGACUUUGUGGCAAACACUUCCCUUCCCGAAUCCCACCCAACCUUAGUAAAAAAAAGCUCCCCAAAGAAAGUGCAGUGUUUGCUACAAGAAAGGAGUCCGAAAGGACUCCAGUUAUUAUUGCCCAACCUGCCCAUCUCUACCCGCCCUCUGCAUAACAGACUGUUUCAAAGUCUACCAUACAGAGCUGAACUUCUGAAUCACUCUGUAUGGUAUUUUGGCAGUUUGUUUGCUUGAUUUCCCUGGAUUUCUGACCUCGGCUUGUCCUGACUACGCUUUGUAAGCUGCCUGUACCGACACAUUAGCUUGUUUUACCGACUACUCUGACUUCUGGAUUCCCCUGACCUUGGCCUGUCCCUGUUUACGCUAGCCAUUCUAAAGUGGCUACACCAAACAACUCAAAAUACUACAUUUGUAGUACUUGAAAUGUGACUUCCCAAUAAAAAACUAAUCACAGGGUUAAUGCUGUGAUUAGCACUGAAAGGGUUACAAUUUUUUUUUUUUUUAACUUCUCAAACUUUUCACACCGUGACUCUCUAUGUGAUAUCAAAGAUCUCUCUGCCUUCAGAUCAAAGUGUAUGUGGGGGUACUGUUCUAUUCAUGUGAUAUAAUAAAAACCUGGAAACAUGGUACAUGUGGGUACUGUUAUAUUCAAAAGACAGUGUUAAAUCAAAAUACCAAGUCUCUAUUGCACUAACAAAUAUCAGGAUUAUGACAUUUACAACGAAAUUGUAAUUUAUCUGAUUAAAAAGACAAAAAUCAAAGUAGAAAUCGCUACAUGGGCCCAGCAUUUCUGUUAAAAUGGCUAGACCAAACAUCUCAAAUUAUGCCAUUUGUUAUACUCUGGGGUGCCUACUUUUGAAAAUGGUAUGCCAUAAUGGUGGAAAUGUUAUUACCCAGGCUGCCAUAUUCUCUGUAAAGCCACAUAGGCCCAUAAAAUCACUUUGUCAAAUCUCCAACUUUGAAAAGGACAUCUAAUAUUUUUGUCCCCGUGACUUCCCCCUCCAAAACAGAAAAUCUAGUACAUGGGGGUACUGUUACAUUUAGGAGACAAUGUUAAAUACAAAUAGUGAGUCUUUGUUGCAAUAACCCAUAUCAGGAAUAUGAAAUGUCCUGUGAAAAGUUCAUGUGUGUGAAAAAGCACAAAUAAAGCUAUAACUGCUAUGUGGGCCCUUCAUUUCUGAUAAAGUGAUUAGACCAAACAUCUUACAAGGCACCAUUUCUUAUACUCUGGGUUACCUACUUUUGGAAAUGAUAUGCCAUAAUAGUGGAAAUGUUAUUACCCAGGCUGCCAUGCUCUCUCAAAUGCCCAGAAAAUCACUUUGACAAAUUUCAAUGUAAUAAAGCAUAAAUGGAUAAGCCGUAUAUAUGACCCUGUAACUUUCCAAAACCCCAUAAAACACAUACAUGGGGGGUACCUUGGCGCUCGUGAGACAUCACUGAACAGAACUAGGAGUGUUUCAGGGCAGUAAACUAUGUACUAACAAUAAUAAUAUCAGUGAAAGUACAGUUUUUAUAUGAAAAAUGCAAACAAAAAAAAUGAACGCUAAAUUUGGCUAGGGUUUGUGUCCAAGUGGCUACUACAAAAGACUGGGCAUACCCCAUUUUGAAUACCCUGGGAUGUCUAAUUUUUCAAAUGGUAUGCCAUGAUGGGGGUAAUUUUUAUUUCUGCGCUGCCAUACGGUCUCAAAGGCAACCUAGGCCACGCAAACCAAUCUGUCAAAUUUCUAUGUAGAAAAUAAAAUAAUGGACAAGCCGUAUAUUUGACCUUGUAACAUUCCAAAACCCUAUAAAACCUAUACAUGGGGGUACUGUUUUACUCGUGAGACAUUUCUGAAUACAAAUAUGUAUGUUUUAUUGCAGGAAAACCGAACAGUAUUCUGACAUUAACAGUUAAAUUUCUAUGCUGAAAUUGAAAAAUAACAUUUCUUAAGUUCUUUUAAGUUUUUUUAGAUUUUAUUCAUAUAAAAUGGAGUUCCAUAUAUGAAUGUUUGAUAUGAAAUGAAAGCUCUGUUUCCUGUGAACAAAAUGAUAUAUAUAAUAAGUGUGGGUGCACUUAGUAUGAAAGAGGUAAAUUAUUGUUGAACAGACUUAUAGUAAAAUUCUGUGGUUUGUUUAAAAAAAUUUGAAUCACAACUUGUACAUUUGGCUGCAGUCUUAAGGGGUUAAAUGUGAUCUUUGUUUAUCAGAUAACUCUACUAUUUGUUAUCCUUAUGUGGGAUUGCCAUAUUUAAGGAUACCAAAUAAGGGAGCUAUCUGCUAAACAGCACCCUAAUUUGGAUUCUUUAAAUAUGGAAAUUUAGGGAAUUAUCUACUAAACAGUUAAAAGACAAAGAAUCUUUAUUUUUUAUUUUUUUUAAAAAGCACUUUUCUUUUAUUUGUUUAGUAGAUAACUCCCUUAUUUGUUAUGCUUAUGUGGGAUUGCAAUAUUUAAGGACACCAAAUAAGGGAGCUAUCUACUUAACACAUACACAUUUAUAUAUACACACACACACAAUAACACUACUACACAAAGAUCUACUUGAAUUUUGCCAAGGCAUUUGAUACGGUUCCUCACAAUAGAUUAGUCUUCAAACUAAAAUAAAUUGGUCUAGAUGAAUAUUCUUGUUCUGGGAUAAAACACUGGAUUAUGGAUAGAGUACAAUGAGUUGUCAUUAAUGGUACAGUUUCAAGCUGGACAAAAGUGGUAAGUGGUGUCCCUCAGGGUUCUGUUUUGGGACCACUUCUAUUUAACAUAUUUAUAAAUGAUCUUGAAAUAGGCCUUGAAAGUCAUGUAUCAGUGUUUGCAGAUGACACAACUUUGUAAAGUAAUAAAAUGUGAGCAGGAUAUCGCCUUGCUGCAGAGGGAUUUGGAUAGAUUGGGGGACUGAGCACUAAAAUGGGAGAUGAAAUUUAAUGUAGAGAAAUGCAAAGUUAUGCACUUCGGGGUUAUGAAUGCACAAUCAAUUUACACCCUAAAUGGUAGUGAACUAGGGAUAACCACACAUGAGAAGGAUUUGGGAAUUGUUAUAGACAACAAAUUAGGCAGCAAUAUGCAAUGUCAAUCUGCAGUUGCUAAGAAUAGGGGUAUAAAUUCUCAGGAUGAAAAUAUAAUUUUGCUCUUUAUAAAUCUCUGGUAACACCACACCUUGAAUAUGCGGUGCCUUUUUGGGCACCUGUUCUAAAGAAGGAUCUCAUGGCACUAGAAAAUGUGCCGAGACGGGCUGCAAAAUUGAUAAAAGGAAUGGAGCAUUUUAGUUACGAGGAAAGGUUAAAAAAUUUAAUCUCUUAAAUUUGGAAAAACGUCAAAUCAGAGGGGAUAUGAUAACAUUAUACAAAUAUAUUCAGGGCCAGUACAAACCAUUAUCUGGAAAUCUAUUCAUGAAGAGGGCUAUUCAUAGGACAUGAGGUCACACAUUUAGGCUGUAUGAAGGCGAUUUAAUGUAAGGCAAAGAAAAGUGUUUUUUGUUUCUUUGUUUGUUUGUUUUUGUUUUGUUUUUUCAGUAAGAACUAUAAGGAUAUGGAAUUCUCUGCCUGAAUAGGGUGGUUUUAUCAGAGUCCAUACAGAUGUUUAAACAGCAAUUGAAUAAAUACUUCCAAAAACAUAACAUACAGGGAUAUAAUUUCUAAUUAGUGGGAUAACAGCUGCUUGAUCCCAGGAGAUAUCUGACUGCAAUCAUUUUGGGGUCAAGAAGGAAUUUUUUCCUAGUUUGUUGAAAAAUUGGAAGCGCUUCAGACUGGGUUUUUUGCCUUCUUUUGGAUCAACAGCAAAAAACAAAUGUGAGGAAGGCUGAACUUGAUGGACACAAGUUUCUUUUCAGCUAUAUAACUAUGUAACACAAUAGGUGUAUAUCUGUGGUUGUGUGUAUGUAUAUGUGUGUAUAUAUAAUAUAUACACACACACACACAAUACGAUGGGAGUUUUGCACUUCAGCUCUCCUCCAAAUCAUGGCCCGGUGCUCAGCUGCACACAAAUACAGUCCCAAAAAAGAAAGCCAGCACUCAAGGACUUUAACAUGGAAAAAAUAGGCAUUUAAUCCAAGUGGUCAACGUUUCAGUUCACAGUUGUGAAUAUAUAUAUACACAUACAUACACACAGGUGCAAGAAAAAGUAUGUGAACCCUUUGGAAUGAUAAGGAUUUCUGCACAAAUUGGUCAUAAAAGGUGAUCUGAUCAUCAUCUAAGUCACAACAAUAGACAAUCACAGUUUGACAAAUGUUGUGUUCAAUAAAAUCAUGGCAACAUUUCAUUCUUUGUGUGUUGUUAGUUUAAGCAGACUGUGAUUGUCUAUUGUUUUGACUUAGAUGAUGAUCAGAUCACAUUUUAUGAUCAAUUUGUGCAGAAAUCCAUAUCAUUCCAAAGGGUUCACAUACAUUUUCUUGCAACUGUGUGUGUGUGUAUGUGUAUGUAUAUAUAUGUAUGUAUAUAUGUGUGUGUGUAUAUAUGUAUGUGUAUAUAUAUAUAUAUAUAUAUAUAUUAUCUCUUAACCACAGAGAUACACACAUACACUUAACCACAGAGAUACAUACACACAGACAUACACAAACGCAAUCACAGAUCCACACACAUACAAUCACGAACACGCAAUCAAAUUCACACAUAAUUAGAUAUACACAUACAAACAUCAAAUCACAUCACAUGCAGGCUAGCAUUCACUCACCACUAAGGCCACCAGGUAUGGCAGCACAGCUCCCCUCUCCCAGGCAUAAGGUAAAAAGGGAGGGGGAUAUAACGUUUUGUUAAAAAAAAAUAUAUAUAUAUAUAUAUAUAUAUAUAUAUUUAAAUAAACAUAUUUAAACAAGCUAAAUAUUUAAAUAAACAAGUGUACCAACUUCUGCACGUCUGCUUGGUUUGCCCCCUCACUCUGCUCUUCAGAAAUAUAUUUUUGACCCUCUGCCAGAAUGGUGUCUAUUUUCUAUCAAACCUGUGUCUUAUCUGCAGUCAUGUCGUUUUAACCCCUGUAUCACAACUCAGCUUUGAAUUCUCUGUGUUGUCUUGCUCAGAAAUGCUCCAGACUUGAGAAAUGGAGGUUCUCCCGAAAGCUUGUCAUUAAAAAAUUCUGUUAGCCCAAUAAAAAAGGUAUUACAAGAUACGAAUUGUAUCUGUUUUUUACAUCUACAUCACUGGACUAAUACGGCUACAAUCUCUACAUAUAAAAUAACCCUGAGUGAGUAAACAGACAAAGAAAAUUAGAAACAUAGAAUGUGACGGCAGAUAAGAACACCCUCACACACACACACAGUACGCUUCACACAUACACACAGCACACCCAACACAUUGCCCCCCCCACACAUACAAUAUGUCCAAACAAACUCUUUUAAAAUUUUAUUUAUAUAUAUAUAUAUAUAUAUAUAUAUAACACACUACAGCACCUCUCUCACACUGCAUCAUUACACACAUUACGCUCCAGAUACAGGCUAGAUCCCUUACCCUAUAUACACUCUGAAUCCUACACACACUCACACAUUGGAUUGUGAGAUAGCAACAUAUUUUUAUGUACACUUUUUAUUAGGAUAAAGUAUAACGUAUUACAUAAGUUUCUAAUAUGGAAUGUGUGGAACUUCAUAAUAAUGUGUUGAGAUAUGAUGUAUGUCACACGUCUGGUUUUUGUUAAAACUGUGUGAAGUGAUGAAAAGAAUUUAGUUUAUGCAAUCAUCCAAGAAACAGAAAUUGUGGAUAAGACCUGGCAAGCCUUGAGCAUUAGAACAUGUUAAGAAAUAUGUAGUGAUACAUAUGAACUGGGGUAGAGGAAUUCUUAUCGCCCAAUGCCCUGGACAUGCAGUUCAGGGUAUCUGGUGGGCUAGCAGAGUAUUUUGGGCUUUUAGCCCUACUAUCUGCAAAUGGCAGGGCUGCUAUUGGGGACAAGAGGGGGACAGGGAGCAUGUGGUCUGCACGUCAGUCAAAUGCAGACCACAGUAAUUUUUCCCUUGUGGUCCUGCACUUGCUAAUAAGUCAUAUCGCAGGCUGGAAAUUCCAAUGGCUGCUCUCUAAACUACUGAGUGCUGGACCUUGAGGGAGUGACUAGUGACAUCUGCACCCUCUGGAGGUGCCGAUUUCAUGCUCUGCCAGUUGACUACUGACUAAUUUAACCCUCCCCCUCCUCCUCCCCCCCCAAAUGAACUACCAGGGAUCAUAGACCCCCCCCCCCUUUUGGUAGGAGGAGGGAGAACACACACACUUCAACAUUCACACACACCCCUUUCAACAUUCACACACACACCCCUUUCAACAUUUACACACACACCACACCUCUUUCAACAUUCACACACACCCCACUUUUCAACAUGCACUACAUUCACCGCACCCUCCUCAUCCUUUUCAACGUGCAGUACAUUCACACCCACCCAACCACCCACCCUUUUCAAUGUGCACUACGUUCACACACACACACACCCCAAACCCUCCACCCUUUUCAACAUGCACUACAUUCACACAUGCAUACCCCCACCCUUCUCAACAUGCACUACAUUCACACAUACACCCCCCCCCCCUUUCAACAUGCACUACAUUCACACAUACAUUGCCCAUAUCCUCACACGGUCAGCAGAUACAAAAUCCCCACACAGUGCACACACCAAGCCCAUAUUUUUGCUAACUAAAUCAAAAUUGAAAAAUGGUGGCAGAAUGUUGAUUUUUGACAAUUCUUUCUUAUCAACUUUUUUUGUGUCAGUUUUUCAAUUUAGAUGUAAUUUGCAAAAAUGUGUAGUUUAGUGAAUAACCACAUCAAUGUCGAGGGCUCUAGGCAGGGGUCCCAAUAUAAAAUUAUUUUGUUUGGACAAAUAGAUAGUCGCGCCAGAUAAGUAGAUUGGUUUAGGCCCUUGUACAAGUAGAUUAGAAAAAUAAAUAAAUCAUCCCACACCACCGUAUGCAGAAUAUUGAAAUGGCAAUGAUUUGACCAGAUGCUGGUGCCUUUUUACAUAUACUUUAAACAAAUAUAUUGUCCUGUGCUAAAUUCUUGAAUUAGAAGUGAAAUUCAUUGACGUGAUUUCUCAUUAAUUAAGAGAGGGAAUUAUCAGUGUGCUGCAGAAUAGGAAAGGUGUGUAAACAACAGGAAAAAAAAUAAUAUAUAUAAUUUUACUUUUUUUUUUUUUUUUCUUGUGAUGGACCCAUGAUUCUAAAUUGAUAUGGACCUUCUUGCCUGUUAGAAUGAAUAGGAUCCCAACUUGGCUUUAAUUCAGAAUUCUCUAUUUUGGCCAAAAAGUUUUAAGUCUGUUUUGUUCUAAUAACAAAAAACGUUUUGUUCUGAUGACUGAUGGCUAUUUUCGAACAGAUCUCAAAAGUAUGUAUAUAAAAUUGCAUGUCAAGUGUUGACAUUUACCUUAGACAUUCAGAGUUGCUCCCUUCAGAGUCUCACUUCUAAAUGCUUCUAAACAUGGAUAUAUUAAUGGGGAUGUGACAGUGUCACACAUUCACAGAAAUACAUGUUGCAUUCAACAACGUGGGAAUUAAUUGUUCUGAGUGUGAACUAAUUUAUGAUUUAAAUAAAUAAAUAAAAAAAAAAAAAAUAUAUAUAUAUAUAUAUAUAUAUAUAUAUAUAUAUAUAUAUAUAUAUAUAUAUGCACCAAAAUGGCAAAAGGUGGAUAUUGUGAUUAAGACAUAGACACAUAUUGGGGACUGUGCUCAAAACGGAGCCUACAUGAGUGGGUGCAAUUAAAGUUUUUGUUCAUUUAUUCACCAAUCCUGACUUAAAUUGACCAUUUGUUUUUUUUUUUUGUAAAUAUAUUUUUAUUGGCAUAUUUCAUGCACACAAAGAGAAAGGCAUAGCAUUGAGACUCGCAGGUCUCCGUUGUUGUCUUACGGUGUGUUCACAUAGCAAAUGCCAGCACAUUGAGACUCGCAGGUCUCCAUUAGUUUAACCAUGUAUAUAUAACUGUGAUAGAUGACAAACAUAACAAGCAUAUCAUCUACACUCUUUCUUAUAUAUUUUGUACAGUUGCAUGUCCUGUUGGGCUCGUAUGCCCGCAAUUACGUCAGUUUCAUAAGUCCCUUAUGGAUGUUGCGUGUGUGUGUAUGUCUCCGUUGCUCGUGCCUGUUUGUGAGAGUGUCGCGGGACAGCCCGGGCCCUAUGAUCCGCCCCCCCUCCCCUCUUUGGGGUGCCCUAUUUAGUUGGGGUGGUCUCCUCGUCUAUGUGACAGGGCCUCUCUUGUCUUUUUGUGUGUUUGUCGGGCCUUCCAGUGUCGGUGAACACCCGUUGCCGGAGGUAGACCUGCCCCUGUAUGGCUGUCUUCCCCUCUCCUCUUUGGGUUUGUAGCCUCCUGCAGCUAAUUAUGUGAUGGUUGUUGUGUCAUGUCACUAAAUUCGGGGUCUGUUGUCUUCAGGAUCCAAUGUGUCCAAGUGUUAAGGUACACUUGGAAUGUAUCGUGGGCUUUGUGAUGUAGUUCCUCUAGGGAUCUCAGUUCUUCCAUUUGCGUAAACCAAACUCUCACGGGGGGGGGUGACCUGUGUUUUCCAAUACUGUGGUAUGAUCAUUUUGGCCGUGUUCAGUAUGCGGAUAGUGAGUGACCUCUUAUAAGCUGUUCGAGGGGUUUUAGUGUGGUGUAAGAGCAUGACUGCUGGGUCGAAUGGGACUUGGUCGUCUGUAAACCUUGCCAAUAUUUUGUGGAUCUCAGACCAGUAUGGGGCUAUCUGCUUGCAUGCCCACCAGAUGUGUAAGAGUGUGCCCCUGCCCUCCCCACAUCUCCAGCACUGUGGGGGGUGGGAUGGAAUUCGGGCAUGUAGUGACUCAGGAGUGUGGUACCAGUGUGUCAGUAGUUUAUAUGCCGUUUCCUGUGUCUUGCUGUAGCUAGAGCAGUGAUGCGUUAGAUAGCAAAUUUUCUCCCAUUCCACUUUGUCAAAGGUCUGGCCCAGUGCCUCCUCCCAUUUCCCCAUGAACCGUGGUUGGGCAAUUGGUGUGAGUGUGAUUAAUAGGGUAUAUAGUGCCGAUACCCCAUGUGCUAGUGGGUUGGGUUCCAAGCAUAAAUUCUCGAAGGGCGUGGUGGCCCUAUGUAGUGCCGGUCCCUGCGGGAGGGAUGUAAUGUAACUCCGGAUCUGUUUGUAUUUGAGGCGUAUUAGAAAAGUGUGUUCUUCGUUCCCCCUCAGAUCCUUGAGUGUCUUUAUGCCGUCAGUGGUUUGUAUGUGUCUGAGUCUGGGUAUCGGGUCCUGUAUUAAGUCUUUAAAUGCGUUCGAGUCCAUCCCCGGCAUGAACUCAGAGUUGUGUGUCAGGGGAAUUAAUGGUGUCGGGUAUGAUGUUAGGCCAUGUCUCCCUUUGGAGCGGUGCCAUUCCCUUAAGGUUGCCCUCGUGUAGGGGGACUGAGACCCUUCCCCCGUCUGGGCCCCGGGUGGCAGCCACGGUAGGACUGCCACCGGGACGCCCGCCUCGUGUUCCUCCACUUGCUUCCAUUGUUUUUGUGUUCCCGUUUUGGUCCAUUCCAUGAUUCUCAUGAGAUGGCAUGCUCUAUAGUAUAGGUUGAAGUCUGGCAGUGCCAGUCCCCCCCUGUCUUUUGGUUGUGUGAGUAGUGUGUGGCGCAGCCUGGGCCGUUUCCCGUUCCAGACAUAUUUGAUGAGGGCUGAGCGUAAUGUGGUGAAGAACGCUCUGGGGACCGUUAUGGGUAUAGUUUGGAACAGGUAGAGAAGGCGUGGUAGAAAGUUCAUCUUCACUACUUGUAUCCUGCCCAGCCAGGAAAUAUGUGGAUAUGCCCACUCCUGCAUCUCCAAGUGCAUCUUCUCAUGCAUUACUGUGAAGUUUUCCUUAUAUAGAUCCCCUUCCCGUUUUGUUAGCCAGAUGCCUAGAUAUUUAAUUUUAUGUGUUGCCCAUUGGAAGGAGUAGUGUUUGCGCAGGGGUUCCGCUCUGCGUUCUGGGAUGUUAAUGUUGAGUAUAAAUGAUUUGGAGAGGUUUAUUUUAAAAUUGGAGAGUCUGCCGAAUUCCUGGAAUGCCUUCAAGAUAUUGGGGAGAGAAAUUUCUGGGUUGGUUACGUAGAACAACAAGUCAUCAGCAUAUGCUGCUGUUUUGUGGUGUGUCGUUCCCGUCUGCAGCCCCGUGAUGUCCGUGUUGUUCCUGAUGGCCACCAGCAGGGGCUCCAGAGCUAGGACGAAGAGGAUCGGGGACAAGGGGCAGCCCUGGCGUGUGCCGUUCCGUAUGUCGAACGGCUCCGUCAGGGCUCCAUUAACUACCACUUGCGCGGAAGGUUGCUGGUAUAGAGCCUCUAUCCAUCCCCUGACACCUGGGCCCAGCCCGAGGUGGGUCAGAGUCUGGAAGAGAUAUCUCCACCCCACCCUGUCGAAGGCCUUCUCCGCAUCCGUGGAUAGCAGGAGAAGGCCUUCCCUGGCCCUCCUUUUCCCGUGUAUCAGUGUGAGGGUGCGUAUUGUGUUGUCACGUGCUUCCCUCCCCAUCACAAAUCCCACCUGGUCAGGGUGCACCAGGUUGGGCACAUGUAUCUGCAGUCUGGUCGCCAGGAUUUUGGCUAAUAGUUUUAAGUCAUUAUUUAUGAGAGAGAUGGGGCGGUAACUUCCGCAUUGUUCCCUAUCCCUGCCCUCCUUAGGGAGUACUGUGAUGUGUGCUGCCUGAGAUUGCCUAGGGAAGUGGUGUCCCUCUUUGAUAGCGUUGAAUGUCAGUGUGAGUGGGGUGUAGAGGAUGUCUGCAUACGCCUUGUAGUAACAGAGCGGCAGGCCGUCUGGGCCCGGGCUUCUGCCGGGUUUUGUUUGUUUCACGGCUGCUGCUAGUUCCUCCUGUGUUAUCUCCCCGUCUAGGGACUCAGCCGUGUCCCUGUCUAGGGUGGGCAUCGAGUGUGCGGUCAGAUAUUCUGCGAUGGAGUCUGUUAGGCGUGAGUCCGCCCGGUGGUCCUGUGGCCCUGGGAGAGCGUAUAGAUUUUCAUAGUACGCCCGUAUGACUUCCUGUAUCUUCCGAGGUAGUCUGUGUAGUGUAUUUGUGCUGUCUCUAAUCCUGUCAAUGUAGGUCUGUUGCCUACGUUUGGUCAGCAUGCGCGCCAGCAGCCUGCCGCUCUUAUUGCCGUGUAAGGCAAAAAACGCCUUGUGUCGUAGCGCGUCUCGGUGGUACCUUGACUGGAGUAUUUUAGUGAGUUCCCUGCGCAAUGUGAGCAGUUGUCCCUGCAGUUCAGGCGUCUGUUUAUUUUUGUUAAGUGUGUCUAGCUCCCUUAUUUUCGUCAGUGUGUUGUUCAUGGCCGCUUCCCUCUGUUUUUUCAUGGUGGCGCUCUUUUGGAGGAAAUGACCUCUGAUCACGCUCUUAUGUGCCUCCCACAUGAUGGUUGGGGAGGUGUGGUCUGGUGUGUUUAUGGCGAAGUAUUCUCGGAGGAUUGCUCCGAUGUCAUUUUUAACCUCCGGUACUGAGAGGAGGUAUUCGUUUAAGCGCCCUUCGCCACUUUUGGUCUGUAGAGUGGGGACAUUAGCUUGAGGGUUACGGGGGCGUGGUCUGACCAUGUUGCAGUGCCAUGUUCCACCUGUGUGACUAGUGGCAGGUGAUGAUGUGUGAGUAGAAAGUAGUCAAUUCUGGUAUAUGUGUUGUGUGGAUGUGAGAAGUACGUAUAGUCCCUCUCAUCCGGGUGGUGGGCUCUCCAGCUAUCUACCAGUUUGUAUUUGGAUAUGAGAGUUUUGAGUGCGGUCAAGUGUUGUGUUGGGAUAUGUGAUCUGCCUGUGGAUGAGUCCCAUUUCGGGUCCAAUGCUAAAUUAAGGUCCCCUCCUACCACCAGGAUUCCCUCCGCGAACUCCUGUACCCUGCGAAGGAUUCCUGACAUGAAUCUAUAGUGUCGUUGGUUGGGAGCAUAUAUAUUGGCAAAUGUAUACAUUUGUCCCGCUAUCGUGCCUUUGACAAGGACGUAUCUGCCUUCCCGGUCAGUCUGUAGUCCCUGCUCCUGGAAGGGUGUUCCCCUAUGAAUUAGUAUCGCCGUUCCCCGUGCCUUCCCCCCCUGGUAAUCGCUAUAGUAUCCUAUGGGAUAGUGAUGGUUUUGUAACUUCGGCCUUGCCCCUUCCCUAAAGUGUGUCUCUUGGAUAUAUACAAUGGAGGCCCCUGUAGUGUGAAAUUCUUUGAGGGCUGCCGACCGCUUUUCAGGUUUGUUUAGACCCCUUGCGUUUAUGGUGACUAUAGUGAGGUUAGCUGGUAUUAGUGACAUAUUUUGAGGGGUGUCUGCAGGUCCCGGACCCGAGCUGUCCCGCGAUUGGGGUUUUUGGUCUGGUGUUAGUGUGUAUACGGAUGUGUCCGUGUGUAUCCGCCGCGCGUGCAGCGUUAAGGUAUCAGCGUCUGGGCAGCCGAGUAGGCCGCUCUUAACUUUGGCGCUCAACCCUUAUGGGGGUGGAGGGAAUACCCAGGCCCUUGGUCUGGUCUAUUCGUGUGUGAAUGACUUACGUCUGACGUCUCGCCCCGUGUGGCUCCGCUUGCGAAUGUGCAUUGAGUGUGCAACUUCGCCUAGAACAUGUGUGACAUCUUUACUGCUGUGGAAACUUGGUUGGUGCAACCGUGUUUUCAACUGUAAACCAACUUCCCAGUGGAAGAGAGAAACAUCCCCCCCCCCAAACCUAUAUACAUGAGCAAGCGAACCCGGUUGGUUAUCCCGUGCCUCAUGGCCUGGUUGCCUUACUGCCAUCCCCCCUGGUGCUGAGUGGGAAGCAGCCGACCGGCCAUCCCCCUGGAGUGCUUGGAGCCCUAUGUGGCUUCCCUCCCAGGACCUACUCACUUCGCCUCCCUACCCGGGGUGUCAUCCCGGUGUUUGUGUUUGUGUGUGGUUGUCUUGUCCCCCUAAUACCCGGUCCCUUCCUGCGCCUGUGUUCUCUGUCUCCUCCUCCUCUUGGACGUCUGGGCGAGACGAAUCUCCGUGCCCCCACCUGCUCCAAGUGUGGUCAUCACAGGUUCGUCCAGGGGAGCACGGAGGUCCGUGUCGACCGUCCUCCAUCCAUCCACAAGUACCCCUCCCCCGCAGUUGCUCUGAACCUCCCAAGUUGCUUUGAUUCCCCCCCCCCCGAUCAGCAUUUGAAUGUCCUGGUAGGUGAGCUUUGGUAUGGUUAGUCCCUUGGGCCGGGUAAACCCCGGGGUAAUAUACUUGCGUUUACUCCGUGUGCUUAUGCUAGUGUUAGUCCUCUCUUUCCUGGAACGGGCUCCCCGAAAUGUUCUUUAAUGGGGCUCUUGGGGGCUUGGUUGGGGGUGCCGCAUUUCCUGCCCUCUGUUCAGAGUCCUCUCGGGCCCAUCGCCUGUUUGCGGGUGGUCCGCGGGAGCUGGGUGUCCGCCGUGCCAGUCUCCGGUCCAGGUGCCGGUGUAUAUAGAGCCAGAGGAUCUGGCCACUGCAGUAAAGCUGGUGUGAUGUGCAGCUCCCUCCCGAGGGCGGUCAUGUCAGCUUCUGUCUUCACUAGAAAGGAGCCUUUGUGUGUGUGGAUCAGCAGCCCUGUCGGGAAGCACCAUCGGUAUUUGACUCUGUUCGUCUGUAGCUGUCUGGUGAACGGGCGCAGUGCCCUACGGUACGCCAGGGUGGCGGGGGAGAGGUCCGGGUACAAUUGGAUCUCUGCUGACCCCAGGUACACCCUACCUUCCUCUCUGGCCUUCCUCAGGAUAUCUUCCUUCUGCUGGAAAUUUGCCAAGCAGCAUAUGGCAUCUCUUGGUUGGCUUCCCGGGGGGCCUUUCGGUCUGAGGGCCCGGUGCGCUCUCACCAUCUCCAGGGGUUCCCGUGGUGCGCGGCCCAGCAGCUGAUUGAAGACUGUUUGUAAGGUAACUUGGAUUGGGGUAUCGUCGUCUGCUUCCUCUGGGAUCCCCCGGACCCUGAUGUUCUGCCUCCUCCCCCUGUUAUCGAGGUCCUCUAGGUGUUGUGCCAUUUGCUGCAUCUGCUGGGUGGCCCGCCUCAGGAUCCCGGUGUUCGCGGUCUGAGCCGCUUGCACGUGGUCGUGAUUUGCCUCCAGUUGGGAGAUCCUCUGGCUUAGGCCGCAGCAUUCUUCCCGCAUGGCUUGGAGUUCUUCCGUGAUGGAGGCGCGGAGGCUGUUGUUUGCCUCCAGCAGGUCAGUUUUAGUGGGCAGAUUUCGCAGUAUGUGCAUUAAAUCCGGGUGGGAGUCGGUGGGGUAUAGUAUAGGCGUCUCGGCCAGGGACUCUUCCCCACACAGUGAAGGCGACGCUCUCCCUCCCGAGGCCAUCGACUCUUCUGAGGCCUGUGUCUCCCUGUCCGCCGGCGUCGCUAGGAAGCGCCUCAUGGAUGGAGUUGCGCUCCCCCUCGGGGUGUUUGUUGGUUUUGGGGCUUGUGAUGCCCGUUGUGAUUUGCCCAUUUUCGGGGCAAUUAGGUGCACUAGGCGGUGGGGUGCUUGGAGCCUCACAGGGAGCUCAGACUUCACGCUGCCAUCUUCCUCGGCUUCCAAGCCACGCCCCCCUAAAUUGACCAUUUGUAACCAUUACCACAAGGGUAUAUAAAAUCUUAUAAAUUAACGUAAAACAUUUAGGCUACACUUUUUAUUUUUUAAUUAUAGUGCUAUGAAAGUAUAAUUGAACUGGUUACAUAAGAUUUCUUGCUUGAUGUUUGUUUCAGAAUUGAAAGCAAUACUCCAAGCACCAUAACCACUAUAGGCCAAUGUAGAGGUUACAGUGCCAGGAGUGCCCAGACAUGCUCCUAGGGUAAGUAGUGAAACCGCUUGUGGAAGGUUUGACAACUUACCUGGAGUCUGCCGGAUACCCUUGCCGCCUGCACUGCUGCCAGAAGCUCUGCCAUUGAGCUAAGCUUGAAUGUUCAGGGAGUUUCUUAGAGGCCGAGAACAUUCAGUUGAUGUUCUCAGCCAAUGAGUCGGCCCUGCACGGUAGGGCUUGGCAAAGUGGAGCGAAUUAAUACGUCUUGCAGGAGCUUCCAGCUCCCCAGGAAAUGGAAGCAGGUGCUGGUUGACCACAGGUAAGUUGUGAAAUAUUGAUUACUUACUAUGGAAGUACUAUGGUAGCAGUCCUGACGUCAUAACCAGUACAACUGAAGGUGACAUGCCGCCUCAAGGAAGAAAAUAAUUGAAUAUAUACUUAAACUGCACAUUUUCUUGAUUGUAUUUGUUUUCUAGCCUGACGAAGUUGGGAUCCCAUCACUAACUGAUAUUUAUCAACAAAAGCAAAGAGAAUAUCCUGCCUGGAAACCAUUGUCACCCUCGGAAUACACUCAUCCACCAGAGGUACCAUUUUCAUUUAAACACAUUAUAUAUUCUACAUCACAAUAUUUUCUAGCAGUGGGAAGUAGGUGGUGUAACCCAGGUCUGGCCUAUUACUGGCUAUGUUUCUGAUAUGAACUAUGAUUAUGUCCAACCAGCCAUGUAUAGCUCAGUAACAUUACAUCGAGCUGGAGUAGAUGUACGUGUCUUGAUUAAAAAAGCUUUGUCUUCUGCAUGUUUAUUGUAGUACUUCAUAUAGUAUAGCUCAGUUAUUAUUUUACCUGUUAUCAUGUUUUUGCCAUAAAGAUAUUGUAUUAAUCACAGGUACUAAUGUUUAAAAUUAAUUUAUUCUUAUCUGGCCAUUUCUAACAAAAUCUUACUAAUUGCAAUUCAUAGGUUCAGGAUUUAUGCUUUUUUUAUUUUUUUUCAAUGUAUUUUUGUCCUCUACUUUUUCUCCUUCCAAGGUGCUGACACUGGAUCCAACUCUACACAGAAAGCCACAGCAUAGUUCCUUUAUUUCUAAACCUAACCUCCAAAAUACACAGAACAACGUCAUCUCCAUGACUCCGGACUCAAUAUUGGAGAAUUCUUCUUCUUUUAUCCAUUAUGAUGCACAUUCCCUGUCUAGUGCGGCUUCUGCACCAUCUUUGGGUGAAUCUCCGACCUGUUCUCCUAUGGGUGAUCAACAGUGGGAAGUUAACAAAUACCAAAAUCAUGUCAAUCUGAGCUAUGAACUGUCUCCAGGAGAUGGUAGCUGUGAUGAGAGGAUGCUGUGUACAGACGAUGAUGUAAACAGUUUAACCCCUUCUUCGAUGCCUGAGUCCCCUUUGCCUUUUACUGAGGAGAAUAUAAGUGAAUCCAGUCGAAUUCAUCCUCUAACUCUUUCUAAGUAAGUUCCUCUAUCUGGGUUGCACACAUGAACACGAAUAUCUGUUCUAUGUAAUUACCACCUACAUAAACCUUACGUAAUACUUAAAUUUAGAUUUCUAAAAGUAUUCACAAUUGAGUGAAUGGCAGCCACAAAUAGAAAAAUCACAGAAGAGUUAAACCGGUGUAUAGGCACAUACUCUGCUUUAAUUAUUUUCUCUUUUUUUUUUUUUUUAUCACCCCUAAAUAUUUGAGAUGUACAACUGACAAACUGACAUUACUUUUGGAAGAUUUUUAACUGAAGAAUCAGAAAAGUUUAGAAAAAUUGAUAGAAAUAAAGUGUAAAUGUGCAUGUGAUGUUCAGUGUCUGUUUUAUUUAUUUAAUUUUUUUCAGCAUCAGGCGAAGUUUAAGAGAGAAGCACUCCAGACAUCUGUCAGAUUUGCGGGAUUACUAUGAGUCAGAGAUCAGCAACUUAAAGCAGCAGAUAAUUGCCAAUGCCAAAUCCUCUUCUACUGAAGAUGUCAAGAACAUCACCAGCUUAUCAGAAAGGUAAUCUAUAGAAAUAAAGUAUUUUAACAAGACAGAUAACCUGUUGGAAAUGUAUUGCAUCAUAACAGAAUUGAGUCAAUUAGUAAAUUCAUUUUGAUGAAUCGUUAUGUUUAAGUGUAUGAUGUAGAAAGCCUGUACGAUGAGAUACACAAUUCUAAAACUAUGGCAAUAUAUAAUGCAGCAGUCUGGCAGUGGAUGCAAAUUGUAUUUCUCACAAUAUUGUAGGCUAGGUUUGAAGGACGAUGUUUUUCUUAUUCUUUAUAUAGAAUGAUAUAGGAGCUGCUAACAAAGAGGGGAAUUCAUUUGUGCUAAACAUGCAUUUCCUUUCCCAUAACUCUCAUGGUCAUCUAGUAACCUAAAAAGUUAUUUAGAAAUUAUUCUCAUUCAGUACUUCUAAACCAACUCUCUUUCUCCUAAUGCAACAUGGAUUUUAGGAGUAACUGUUUCAAACUAUCCCAGAACUAUGUCUUCUCUAACUGAUAAAGCCUGGAUCAUUGUUGAUCCUUACGUUUUUCUUUCUAGUGCUGUAACACAUAGCUUUCACGUUUCUCCUCUGUUUUAUCUUUCGUGAUGGGAAUAUUCUAAGUCAUUGUUGGUCUUACAAGGAUCCAACUGUUGGGACCUUGGAGGCAUAGGUGUCUGUACAUGUGGCGGAAGGGAACUGGGGAGAGAAUGUUGUUACUUAAUAUGAUUGGGUCCCUCUAAACCACACAUUGGGUCACAGGUGUGGUAGCCCUCCAGUGUUCCUUAGCCCUGACAAAACAGUCACCAUUGCACUCUCCGCCGUUCUUAUUGUUUUUGCAGUGCUGAUAAUAAACCAUGAUGGACAUGUUUUAGAUUAGUUGUAUGUGAGAGAUUUAGUUGAGUUUUGUACCAUCACAUGUUUCUUUUCCAGUGAUGGUGAGUCUUCUCCAGUCACGAAAAAAGGCACCUACUCUGUAAGGACUAUACCAAUUUUGCCUGUGUACUGUAUUGCGAUCUAGCUCUAUAGUUCUUAGUUUGACCACAGAGCAGCUUUUUAAUAUUACAAGCCUAUGAGUCUCGAACAUUUUAGAUGCACUAAUCCUUCUUAUCAUGACUUAUUUACUCUACCUGCUUAUAUGUGACUGAAUCCAAUCAAAUUAUUAUUUCUUUUUAAACUAUUAUUAUUGUAUAGAUGUGACCAUAUGGAAAGCGCAUUGACAGAAGCCAGCAAACGAAUUAGAAUACUUGAAAUCAAAAACAAUGAACUGGAACAGUUAUUGGUAAGAAUUGAGAAAUGCUCUAGUUUAUAGCCUCGAGUCACUGUACUAUAUCACAUUCAAUGUUUAAUUGCAUUUCUACUCAUUAUGGAAGAUUGUCAUUUUAAGGGUUCAAUGCCAAGUCACAUGACAUCCUUGUUACUUGAAGGUCUUAAUAACCAUUUUCAAAAACUGUCACUACUGCUGUGUGCGAUCUAAUUUUUUCUUCUUCUCCACAAAGAAUGAUAUUGUGUUUCCUCAUUCCUGUCUGGUUUUGAAUAUUGUAAAGCUUCCUUCACAUUUGCUUUUUAUGAAAUGUGCAACUAAACAGAAGAACUUGUGCAAUGAUGUGGGUACAAAUUAGAAUAUACUAGAUGGGAAAGGCAAACGUAAGGGAACAGUUCUAUUCUACUCCAUGUCCUGACACGUUUUACUUAGAGUUGUAAAAUUUCUCAUCAUAAUUAGGUUCAAUGCUCUGAAUGAAGUUUGAUAUGCCAUGGAUUAGACCAGGGUUUCCCAAUUCAUUUUUCCCUUGGAACCCUUUGUCAUGGUAUAGCAAAACUUUGGAACCCAACAAAAAAAUGUGUGCCGUAGAGUAGCGCAGCGCAGGGCAAACCUUUCAAUGAGCAGAGUGUAAUGUUCUCUAUUGCUGGCAAUUUAUUUUUUUCAUAUCUGGUUUAAUUAUUGACAAUUGUAUUCGCAUAUCUGCAGUUGCGUCAAGUCGAUGUCGAUACUUUGUUUCUGUUGCAGAGUAAAGCGAGAAUCCAGUUUCACAUAAGUAUGUGCCCACUUGGACAAUUCUGGGUGUUCUUCGCGUAUAAAGCAAUAGGAGAAUCUUCUUUACAUUUUUGGCUUAGUUGACUGUCAGAAGUUAUAUCGAUCAGAUUCUCAAAAUCUACAUCAGAAAAAUUGGCUGGCUUGUCUUUUAUGAAUGGUUUUCGAACCCACUCAUUACUGUUUUCAUUCAAGAAUGGAAAAUACUGAUUAAUAGAUGUGAUUAAAUGGUGAAGAUGAUCAACAAUUUCAUUGCAAAUGAAAUCUUCAAGUUCAAUUUCUGAUUCUUCAAGAAAAUCUUUAGGUAUUGGCAAAGAGUUCAAAUUAUUUUGCUCAACAGAUGAGGUCCAAAACUGCAGCUUACGAGACAGUGAAAAUAUUUUAUCUCUUGUAUUAAAAAUAUUAGUGUUUUUUCCUUGGAGUGAUAAACAAAGUCAUUUAAUUUUGUGAAUAUGUCUGUAAGAAAUGCUACUUUGGAUAACCACAGAGUGUUUGUAAAUCGAUCAGAUAAUCCAAAUUUAUGAUCCUGGAAAUACGCAAACAACUCUUAACGCAAUUCAAACAUUCUAACAAGGACUUUACCUUGUGAUAGCCAACGGACUUCUGAGGGGUGACUACCCAUAUCUUCACAUAUAAUUUUAAAUAGUCGUGACUGUAAUGGUCAAAUUUUUAUAAAAUUAAUAAUCUAGCACAGUUUUAAAUGAGAUUGAAAUAUGUUUAGCUACCAGUGCGUGUCUGUGAAGAACACAGUGAGAGCUGAUGCUGUUUUUUGCUACAUUUCUUAUUCGUGUCGCAGCGCCUGCCACUUUCCCAACCAUUGCUUUGGCACCAUCACUGCACACAUCUACACAUUUGUUUCAAUUUAUACUGUGUGUGUUCAUGAAAUUCUGGAUACAUUUAAAGAUGUUCUUACGAGUUUUCAAAGUUUCACACAGAAGCAAGUCUUCUUCAAUCUGUUUGUCAAAAUUAUAUCUAACAAAAACCAUCAAAAUUUAAAGUCCUGCAACAUCUGUGGACUCGUCUAAUUGCAGUGAGUACCCAUCAUAUUGAUGCAGUCGAGAAAUUAGUUCAGUAUGGAUGUCAUCAGCAAGAUCAUGAAUACGGCGCAAAACUGUGGUGUUGGAAAGUGGCACAGCUUCAAUUUCUUUACUCAACGUCUCACUUAAAAUACAUGACACUAUUUCUUUUGCACAUGAUUUUAUUAGUGGUUCCCCAAUUUGUGUGCUUCUUCUGCAAGUGCUAUGUGGUAACUCACUCUGUAUGAAGCCUCUCUGGCUUUUUCGUUAGCAUUUAGAAAUUUUUUGCUCAUAAAUUGUAUACUCUACUGAUACUCCUUUAGCAUUCGCUUAAAUGUCUCUGUAUUUGUACUCUGCGUGGAUUUGCUCAAAAUGACGACGUAAAUUAGCAGGUGCUAAUGAACUGUUUGGCAAUAUUUUAUUGCAAAGUACGCAUUGUGCUUCAGGACAAUCUUCAUUUCUGGCACUUGUGAAUCCAAAUGACAAGUAGCUAUCAUCAUAUUUUUUUUUUGUGUGCUUUUUUUCUUUUUCUUUGACUUGUCUCUGCUAUUUGAGGAACAGUAGAUACGAUUUCGGGCAUGUUUUCUGGAUUUUUAGUUGUAUCUUCUUUCUCAGUUUCUAUAAGUGCCGAACAGGUAGAAAUAGUUCCCUGCUUUAACCAGCUUUCCAAAUUCAUGGUUGUUGGUAAAAAAAAAAAAAAAAAAAAACACUUUGAAAAAUACAGAGCUCACAACACAAGAAUUUAUUUUUAUUUGUUUUUUUCAGUAUGGAAAAAGCAGGAUUUGCAGGAUGGAAAAAAAAAAAGAUCUGAACACUUGGAAAAAUACAAGUAGCAGUUUUUUGCCCCUGACAGUCUUUCAGUGCCCUUGACAGAGCCUUUAAAUGUCCCUAACAGAGAAUUUCAAUGCCCCUGACAGAGAAUCUUAAUGUCCAUACCUAACAGAGCUUUCUAGGUCCCUGCCUAACAGAGAUUUCUGUCUAUGACAAUAACAGAGCUUUAACUAUCAUCUCAACUCUCUAUCACUCCUCCACCACGAGUGAUAGAAAAUGGCUGACUGCAGGGCUGGCUGAGUGCUGGGCGGGCUGGCUGACUGCUCGGCGGGCUCUCUCACAGACGAGCUAAGUCUAAGUGGCUGGCUGAUGGCAGGACGGGCUCUGACGGCGUUGCGGGCUUAAGAUCACGCUCCGGUUGCGCGAUCUCUGCUGUUUCCGACCUUCCGGGAACAGCAGGUAGUGUGGCCAUCUUGGAUGUGGCAAAAUGUCAAUUGGGAAACGCUUUAUUAGAGGAUACAUUUUUUUUUCUUUGUUUUUAAUGCUUUUAGCAAAAAUAUCAUAAUCAAUAGAUUUAAGCUACUUGUCUGCUUCUGCGUCUGUUUAAAUUCUGAUAAAACCUCUGCUAAAAGACUGUCUUGAUCAAUACAUAUUUAUUGUUUUAAGUUCUUCUUACAUUUAUUGGAUGAUCAAGUUAAGCCCCGUUUGUGUGUCCACAUUUUGAAUUACAGUGACACGAUAGGCAGCAGAACCCCUCCCGCCUAAUGUGGUUUUGGGGCAAAUAACAUGUCCGUAACGGCUCAGCAGUGUAAACGCUGCCAUUUCUGAGCAAAGAGUAUUUACAUUGCUGCCAAGAGGGACUUCGUGGGUUUGGUUGUGAAAAGAUUUCAUGGAUAUCUGGGCAGGCAUGGAAAUGCUGAAUGCUCCCAAUGGAAAUGCAUUGAAUCAAUGCAUCUCUAUGUGGAUAUUCUGAUUGGCGCAGCAAUUUGAUGCAUGUUCACGCUAUCCUCCCAAAUGUCCCUGUGGGGUAGCAUUGGAUUGGCUGAGGUUAUGUAUCUAAAUGCUAGAUUUACAGUUUUCCUUUUCCAUGCAGAAGAUAUUGCUUUAGCUGUCACUUAAUAUACAUUUUCCCACCAGCCCCUGCGAGUGAUGACUAAUGGUAAGUGGUAAACCAAUGUAGAGGGAUAUUAAUUAGUAUUAUGAUGUAGCCAUGCAAUGCCAUUUUUGGAAGCAUACAUAAUGAAAGCCCAAAUUAUGUUUUACGUAUAUCUUUUGAUUGCCCAAUACAUAGUUUUCAGAUAAGACAGGCCUCUUUUAAGUGCAUUGUGAUAUCACCCUAUAAACAGAGUGAGAUUUCAUAGAUGUGAAUAAAAUAAUGAAAAAAUAUAUCCUACAGUCUAAUCUGUUGUAUAAUUUUAAAGGCACGGUAGAACGCGAUAUUCAGUAAGCAAGCACUGUUAAAGGAAAGGUUGCUGAUUGUCCUAAAAUAUUCUAACGUGGUUGAAUUGAGAUUUACCGGAAUUCUGUCUUAACAGUUGGUAUGUGUUCUGACCAAUAUCUGCAAUCCAAGGCUAGUUACUAGUAUUCAGAACGAUCAUCGAUUACCUUUACAAUAAUGCAUGUGGCUGAAGAAUUGUAGGAAUUCUAUUAGACAUGUUUGCUUUAAUUUAGACAGAAACGUGGCUCUAGUUAUUAAUGUAUGGCCGUUAUUUCUCUAGAUUGAAUGGAAGGAGCGGUACCAUGUUUCAAACAAGAAUUGUAAUGUGUUCCAAGAACAAAUGGAGGAAAUGAGAACUGGAUUCAAAGACAGAGAGAACGCAAUCAGCAGACUGCAAUCUAAACUUAAAGAUACAGAAGAGGCGCUCCAGAAAGCCUUUAGAUUGUCAGAUGAUAAAGAUAUAAGAAUAAAAGAAGAACAUAAAAGGUUUCAAGAUGUAAGCUACAAAUAAAUAAAACCAGUCAAUAACCCAAGUACAAUUGCAUUAACUUUCUAAUCCAAUCGUUAUAGCUGCCCCUUUCCUUGCAAUGGGUUUAAACAUUUAAAUAAAAACCUUCUAAUUAAAGGAAACAUUUGAGGGGUCGUUCGUGGGGUACUUUUGCACAAGCAAUAUUUCCUGAAAAUAAUAGGCAUAAUGUAAAUACGUUGAAGAGAGAAAACAACAUUUUGGUUAAUAAAGCCAUGAAAUGGACGGGCCCUUUACUAAAUGGAAGGAAUGCUGCGUCUUUAAUUUAUAUGUGAUCGUUUGAAAUGUUACAAAUCGAGUGGCAUUCACCAUGGAAACCAUAUAUUAAUGUUCCUGUAAUUGCGCCACAGUUCAAAUUUUGCCCAGAAUUUCUGUUUAUCGUUAACCCCUAUCACGUAUAGUAUAACCUGUAUUAAUAUCUGUGUUCAUUCCUGUUUUCUUACUUACAGCUUUUGUCUGAAUACCAAUCACUUGGAAAGGAACAUGAAAGAGUAAAGGUAAGAAGAGAUUUCAUUAUAAGUGGCUUAGUGUACAGAUUUCUUAUUGGUCAAACAAUUUAAUGUUACAAAUGCUGAACCUACAAAUAAAUAAAUAAACAAAUUGUCUUUUUUUAUUUUAUUUUUUUCUAUUGCUAUUGUGCAAUCCAUUUACAAAUUAUUUUAAAUAUAUUUUUUUCUUCCUAGGAUACAUUGUGUGUAACAGAGAGUAAAUUGUGCCAUGCGCAUGCUGAAAUACAUGAGCUGAAAAGGUAAGAUGUGUGUUAUAUUCGCUCCAGACAUUAAAUUACUCUAUAUCCUUCAUUUUUGUUGGCUGUACUUCAUACUUCCUGUGUGUAAAAGUCUGUCUAUAGUCCUCAUUUAUGUUCACUGUGCUUUAUGUGUGUAAAAAGCUAUGUGGUUGUUAGACAUGCUUUGGGUCUGCUUGAUAUUAACCUAUCUGUUGAGACAUAUAUAAAAGAUAAGUACCAAAUCUAAACAAAUAAUCAAUAGGUUUAGAAAACAAGCAAUUUAAUUGGGAAUAUAUAUAGUAUUUUCCAUAGUAUGAAAUUGUUCGGUAAACAUUGGAUCCAAAUAAUAUGCAAAAAAAAUAAAAAUAAAACCAUUUUAGUUCAGCAAAAGAUGUUGAAAUUACUCUCCAUAAGCACUUUAUGGCAGUGCGACAAUACAAUAAACCAACAAGUGAGCUGAAGUUUCCUGGAAUGGCUAUGAUCCUGCUCCGGUAUUCCGUCUUUGAUAUACAUUUUUUGACAGUCUUUAUUUGGUGAUGUGUGAGUACAUAGGUAGAUAAGAAAUAGCUUGAAUGAACAUCAGCAAGAAUUCAUAAAUUAAAUGAUGAAACAGUAAAGUGUUUUAAACAACCUACAUCUGAACUGAUCAAGUACAAUUGCAUGUUACCAAUCUUAUCCAUCUACACCCCUUUCCCUCCCACUCAUCCUUCUCCUCUGGACAUUUUGGAGGAGGGGGGCUCUAUUUUUCACCCCCUCCUACCCAAAGUCCGGCCAUCCUCAGGAGUGGUCACACCUGAGGUAUAUUAGGUGUUUGGGGAAUGCUAGUAGUGCAGAAUAACAUAACGAAUAAUGUAUCAGUGUCAACUUGGACCUCUGUCCACCUACUUCUUGAACUUGUCAUAACAUCUGCUUUGGGCCACUAUGGACUUGUGUGCUGGGAGUUCUAUUCUGCUAGGGUUUAUCAAGUAACUGUAACUCUUACCGUGUUAUUAUGGGGUAGUGGAUACUGAACUAUCUAUUUAAAGGGAGAUCAGAGUUCAGCACCUUUAAAAUCAAGAAAUGGAUCUGCCUCCAGAAUGGGAGACUAAUAGAACAUGACCACCAAAUAUGUAAAGUGGUGCCGACCUACUCCCCACAUCUCCAACACGUUUUCAAGGCCCCAUUGUACAUGCGAUAAAGUGACUCAGGGGUUCUCUACGAACACAUGCAAUUUGCGUGUAAUUUGGAGAGUGGAACAAAUUGAACUCUGGUGGGAGAGUAUAUUUAUCUUUUACCACUGCUGGUCUGAGAGCGAAACACCCAAUUCCUGCCCCCAGUUGGUGAUCUAUUUUGCAGGCUCUCUGGUGACAGAAGUCAACAACAAACAAAAAUACCGACUUGUACGAAGUAGCAAUCUAAGUACGUAUUCAUUGUAAUGAUAGUGGUGCAAAGAGUCUGUGGACUCUGUCCUCAUAGUUUGUGUCAUAUUGAGUGCCCUGACUAAGACCAGGGUCUCCUGGACAUUAACUGGGAGUGGCAGCAAAGACAAUAGCACAAAAGAACAUCAUUACGAACAAGCCUGGUACCUCAGUUUAUGGAACAGGACUUAAACAAUUUUUGCUGGUUUCAUCACAUUUUCUGUUUUUGUUGUUGGUGUUUUAGUGUCCGAUAUGAGCGAUCUCCACAUGUAAAAAGGGUACCUGCAUUUGUUAGUUUCACAACUCAGGAUUUCCUGUAGAGUCCCCGCUAUGUACACAAGGAGAGGUUUUCUCUGCUCUUUUAAAAAUGUUAAACCAUUUAUGUAGCAACCUAAAUACUACAUCUGUAUACAGGACAUUUUGUGUUAAAGGCAUACAUUUCAAUUUAAACACUUGUGUGUCAGAAUCUAUAUCAUUGUUGCUAGCGCACUGGCUCCACUCUCUAAUAUGUUUAAUGCCACUAGCUCAUGGACUUUAGACAAAACAGAUCUUUGUUUCUGUUUGUCACAUGUCCCUAUAUAAAAACCCUCAUUGGAGCUUGUCUGUGUUAGAACUGCUUCUAGGUACAAGCUUGUAAUGUAUUUUUACUUGGAACAGAUCUGUUUCGAAGCUAGAAGCGCAAAUCAAACAACUGGAGCAUGAAAACACUGUGAAACUUCGUCAUGUUGCUGAAAGCCAAUUACUCCAGUCCAAUGCCAAGUAAGGAAUUGUAAAAAUUAUAUUUAAAAAAAAAAAAAAUUUUUUUAAAAGGAUAAUGCUUUGCAUGCACUGGCAUUGUUUCUCUUUAUAUUGGAACAGCUGCUGUAUGUUUUUUUUUUUUUUUUUUUAAAAGGAGCGUAGAAACAGAAUGUGACGCCAUUGGGCCUAUUUAGGCUGCCCAAAAUUUCAAAACACUUUCAUUAGUCCCUGGCCUUAUCUUAUAGUUAGGAUAGCCUUAUACCUAUCCCACACAUGCUUAAACUCCUUUACUGUGUUAACCUCUACCACUUCAGCUGGAAGGCUAUUCCAUGCAUCCACUACCCUCUCAGUAAAGUAAUACUUCCUGAUAUUAUUUUUAAACCUUUGUCCCUCUAAUUUAAGACUAUGUCCUCUUGUUGUGGUAGUUUUUCUUCUUUUAAAUAUAGUCUCCUCCUUUACUGUGUUGAUUCCCUUUAUAUAUUUAAAUGUUUCUAUCAUAUCCCCCCUGUCUCGUCUUUCCUCCAAGCUAUACAUGUUAAGAUCCUUUAACCUUUCCUUGUAAGUUUUAUCCUGCAAUCCAUGAACCAGUUUAUUAGCCCUUCUCUGAACUCUCUCUAAAGUAUCAAUAUCCUAUAAGAUAAGGCCAGGGACUAAUGAAAGUAUUUAAAAAAUUGGGCAGACUAGAUGGGCCGAAUGGUUCUUAUCUGCCAUCACAUUCUAUGUUUCUAUGUUUCUGGAGAUACGGUCUCCAGUACUGCGUACAGUACUCCAAGUGAAGUGUAAACUCACAAAUGAAAAUACAAAUUGAGUAAUUCUCUCUAUGAAACUCAAAAUGCUAGCAUUAUUAGUGAGUUUGUGAUAUGAAAUCGUUUUAGGUAUAAGCAAUCCUUAAUCUUUUUGGAAAAGUAUUCAGCUCUGCCUAAUACACAUGCUCAGCUACUGUAUCAUGAAUAGAGAACUUCAGUAAAAAUUACAACUUGAGAAUGUAAACUCUAAAAUAUCUUUUUACAUAAUAUGUCUUAAAAUUCAAUUUGAAAAUUGUGAUAUUUAAAAUGUAGAGGAAUAGAAAUAGCUGGUCAUGUAGAGACAGAGCAAGGAUAAUUAGCAGAACUUAACUGCAUAAUAUGUUUUGAAGUGAAAUUUAAUGGUGCAGGUAGAACAUCAAAGGAACAUUUAGCAUUCCACCAUUCUAUAGUGUUUUUCGGUACAUGUGUAUGAUACCUAAAUUCAUACAUGCAUACAUACAUACAUACAUACAUGCUCGUUUGCUUAUCAUAACUGUCAGUCAUAUAGGUUGUUUUUAACAUGUUGUAAUGCAUAACCAGUCAUGAAGUGAUUCACACCUUGCGUUCCAUGGACGUGGCAAAGCGGAAAUGCCUUACUCCUGGUGCUGCUUGUUCAAUCUUCACUGGACAGCCUCUAGAUAACAAGGACAGUGACAUUGAAAACAGGAAGGAGACCACGUAUGAACCAGACAGGUGAGCGGGAAGUAGAAUUUCAAACCUUGUUUUUUUUUAUUUACUUUUUUUACAUUGUGAUUAAUAUAGCAAACUUGAUGGUGUAGAUUUUUUUUUAUUUUUUUAAUGCUGUUAUGUUCCUUAAUCCUUUAUAGAGACACAACUGAAUUAUUCCGUCAUGGUCCCGUGAGGGGAAUAGUUCUGUCGUGUGGUAUUUUAUCAGCAGGGACCAUUUACCUGUUGUUACCUGAUAACUGGAGGUAUCAUUUAUUACCUGUUUCUCCCCUUUGUGAGCUGGGGCCAGAGUUAGUAGGCCAAGACUGACUGACUAUCUGUUUGCAGUGCUCAAAGUGAGCGUCUCAAGCAGGCAUGUAAGUGGCUGUUAAUUCUCAGUUGCUACAAUGCUGUGUGAGCUCGGUUAAAUUCCUCCUGACACCAUGGAGUCUCAGAUAUUAGUCUAUUAGAUGUCUGGUCACAUAUAAUGCUGUAGCUUCACAGGAUAUUUACAAAGGCACACAUGGGGGUACUGUUGUACUCAGAAGAUGUAGCUGAACACAUUUCAGGGAUUUUGUAAAAGAGAAGUACACAUCAACUCACAAUAAAAAAACCUGAUCAUUAUUACAAAAAACCCACCAAAAACAACCUCAUUAUGUGUGUAUAUUAAAAAUAAGAAUUUAAAAAAAAAAAAAAAAAUUUAGCAGAGAUUGGCAGUUAAAUGUAAAAAGUGUCAAUAUGCCCUUAAGUAAAUAAACUAUGUCUCCUACUGUGUGGGAAUUUUGUUUUCUGUGAUGGCUAUUAAGCUGACAUGACAAACAUGCCAAAUGCUAAAAUUUGAGGAGUAUAUGCCUACAGGUGCUCGUGAUUUAAAUGCGGCUUUUUAAGUUUUCUUUAAGAUAACAUGGUUUUAGUCCUUUGGGUGUCCCUUUUAAUUCACUAUAUUUUGGUUUUUAAUAUUUUUAUUAUUUUUAAAAGAAAUAAAAGAAAUAAAGCAAAGACUGGGUAAUCAUGAAAAAAUAUUUAACGCAUACAUUUUAUUUCAUAGUUUUUACAUAAUCUUAAAUUGAGAUGUUUGUAAGGAGUACAUAAUGUGCUGGAAACCUGAGUGGGUUUGUAUUGUUUAGGUUUUGGUGAAUAACCCCCAAAUGUCUUUGUUUUAAUUGCACUGUUGUGAAACUGAAAAAAAAACAUUUAAAACUUUAAAAAGAAUAAGUGUAUUAAGAUAAUCCCAUAAUAUAAAGUAUAGAUUUAUCAAACAUUGUGAUUUGUGUAAAGUUUAGCUUGCCUGUAGUACUACGUAUUUCUCUUCUUUUUUAAAGGUACAAUUCUCCACCAGAAAAAGCUACCUCAUUUGAUAACGUCUCAGAAAUGUCUAAGACAAAAGAGAUCAGAAGUCAGGAAAGUCCCAUUCUGAAAGCACUGAGGGAUUUUGAAGAAGAAAAAGUAUUAACAACUUGGAGAAGUCAAACAGAAAAACAGAAUGCUGCUCAUAGUAAGUAACUCUUAUAUUUGAUGCAUAUUACAUUAGUAUUUGCAAAUGUUUAGGUGGUUUAUAUACCGCAUUGCAUUUGUUUGUUUUAGUUGUUGUUGUUAUUUUCUUCAUUUAAAAUUAGUUUUAUUUUUGUAGCUUUUAAAGAAACACUCUAGGUGCCAUAGCCCCUUCAGCUUUUGAAGUGGUUAUGGUGCUAAGGUACUGUCCCUACACUAUUACAGUUCUCUGUUGUAUGGUAUAACAUGGCUUUAAAGCACAUUUCCCUGCCAAUCAGAGAGCUGGAUAGGACACUUAGCAUGUUAUUUGAGGGGGACUUGCAGGUGUGGACUCCCUUCAGUUCAGUAAAUGAAUGGUGUAUGAUGAUUAGUGCUGCGCAUGGCACCGCAUGCAGCAACAAUCACAGAUGUAGGGAUACUAUUUCAAAUAGUAAAAUCUCUAUCCUAGGGAUCAAUAUAAUAGAAUGUAAAAUCUGAUGGUGAAUCUCUUACCUUUAGUUUUCUCACCAGUUUAAUUACAUCUAAAUCGAUUUCUUCUACCGAUUGGGAUUGACCACUUUAAUUGUUCUUAAAUUUAAAAAAAUGAGUAAAUGUGGGAGGCACAUUUUCUGUAUAUGAAAUGUUUGUUACAUGUGGAAUAUUGCAUCUUACAGAAUUAUCUAGUAGGAGACAAACUGUUGGCUUCAAUGACUGUUGGAGCCCACAUGGAUCACCAGAAAAUCAGAAAAGUAGGCAAAGACGAAUUAAUUCUCCUUCUGGGCCAAGAUCAUCUUCUGUUCCACCUGCGAACAGAAAGCCAACUGCAAUCACCACUCCAAGUACGUGAAUGUGAUUCCCUGUUAACCUUUUGCUAGUGCAGUAUUUUAAUUUGCUUGUUGAGAUACUUUGAAUCGAGUUGACCUCAAGGGGGGCAGCACCAAGGGACCCCUGCAUUGGAACCAAGUAAGUAAAUUAAAAGGUUUUUACUUGCUGCAUGGUGGGCACAGGGUGCAGAGGGACACUAUAUAGAAUAAACCUUUGUAUUCUAAUACUGUCGUGUUCCACGCCUCCAGUGACUGUUACACUGACAGCCACUGGAGGCGCUUCCACUACACUGACGGAGUAAAACUUGGUCACGUGACGUCCAAGCUUAGAUGUGCAUAUGGCUCUAGCCAAGCAUAUGCAUCAGGUCCUCUGUGGAGCAUUGGAUUGGACCAAUUAUGGAGGAGGACAUGCAUCCUCCAUAAUGUCGAAGGAAGCGAAGAGGAAGGCAGCAUCGAUGGAACCUCUGCGCUGGAAAAGGGUAAGUAAAAUGCAGAAUUGUCUUAUUUUGAUGGGACACUGGGGAGACGUAUAUAUUACUAUGUUAUAUUGGGGAUAGGGACACUUUAAAGUAUUUAACGCUUUAGUGUUCCUUUAACCCCUUAAGGACACAUGACAUGUGUGACAUGUCAUGAUUCCCUUUUAUUCCAGAAGUUUGGUCCUUAAGGGGUUAAAGGACCACUAUAGUGCCAGGAAAACAAACUUGUUUAACUGACACUAUAGUAUUAAUAGGUCCCCCCCACCCUCAUGGCCCCCUUCCCGCUCGGCUGAAGGGGAAGAAAGGGGUUAAAAUCUUACCUUUCUCCAGCUCCGUGCUCCUUCGGCGCUGGGGACUCUCCUCCUCCUUCGGUUGUCAUCGGCUGAAAGCGAAUGCACAGCAAGAGCCGCGCGCGCGCGCAUUCAUUCAGUCCAUAGGAAAGCAUUCUCAAUGCUUUCCUAUGGAUGCUGGCGUCCUCUUACUGUGAAAAUCACAGUGAGAAGCGCGGAAGCGCCUCUAGCGGCUGUCAAUGAGACAGCCACUAGAGGCUGGAUUAACCCAUAGCUAAACAUAGCAGUUUCUCUGAAACUGCUAUGUUUACAGCAGGCAGGGUUAACCCUAGAUGGACCUGGCACCCAGACCACCUCAUUAAGCUGAAGUGGUAUGAGUGCCUAUAGUGGUCCUUUAAGUAUAUUGUAUAUAUGGUGUUGUAUGAUUGGUAAUUAUUGCAAGAAUCAUUUUCUAGAUUCUUCUAUUAUUUUUAUUUUUUUACUCUAAUUAAACAUUCUUGCCAUCUGUUGCUUGUGCGCUUGUAUGAAUCAUUUCUAUAUAGAUUUUAUAAAAGAGUACAAUCACAAAAGCUCACAUAUAUGCAAUAAGCAUUAACUAGUCCUAUUUUCAUAUUCAUCUAUUCAUGACAGAAGGAGCACUUAGUUUCAUCUAAACUACGCAUAUCAGGAAGCAUUCGUUUGAGCUGCAAUAGGUGACAGUAAUUGGCGGAGAGUGGCAGCUGACCUCUUUCAGCCUACCACAGCCAUCCACUUCUAUAGCCAGUUCAAAGAGAUGAAGUGGUUAUAUUACACAUUUAAAGCAUAUUUAUAUACAAAGUUGAUGGUAUCAACAUUAUAAAUGCAUGUAACAUAAUGAACUCAACAGAAUACACAAGUUAUACGUAUAUGAGAUUUUUCUGGAGGUGAUAAACAAUAAGAAAAUAAUGAAUGGGAAUGUAUGAGGAUCACUCACUUGCCUUUUAAAGAGGCAUAGUCACUUUUUUAGAUUUUGUAUCACUAAAUUAUGUUCAUAAAGUGCCAAUAUGGUGAGGUUUCCCUUGAAAGUGGUUUCUGUGUGCUUUGUGUUUUUCUCCCAAUUUACUGUUUGCACUCUGUUUUUGCAGCAAAGCGUGAAUUGAUGCUAACCCCAGUGUCUGUGAAAUACAGCCCAAAACGAUCGCCUAGAGAGAAUCUAUCACCAGGUUUGACUCAACUAUUGUGCAGUGAUGAAAACCCAAUGACAAGGUGAACAUUUGUUUCCCUAAAUUACUUGCUUUUAGUUUGUAAUUGUAUGUAUGUUUUGUGUUGGUUACAAUGUGAAACACCUGCUGUAAUAAUAAACCAUCAAAUAAGAGCUAAGUAUAAGUAUCUGAGACUACAUGCAAAUGUAUUGUUAGUAAAUUGUUACAAUGACUCCCCUUUAAUGUAAACUCUUAUCUUCUUGCAUGUAUAGUGACAGAUUGUAUUAAGCCAUCAUCUGCCAUACAUUGCUGCUGCAUAAUUGACCAUUAAAAGAUCAACACACCAUAUUUUUUUCAAAUUAUUUUAAUCCACAAAUAUGGUAGUGUGGAAUUAUUUGAGGACACUAGUUAGUUUACCCUUACAUUAAGUGUGAUAUUUUGGGAAAUGUAAACAAUUUAUCUACUACAUUAAAUAUCAGUCGAGGAAUGACCUGUUCAUUUACUCUGAGCCAUGGCCUUAAAGGAACACUAUAAUGUUAAGAAUACAAAACUGUAUUCUAAAAGCGUCACUGUCAUGCUGAACUUACCUUUCCCCAAUAAAUUCUUCUUAGAUCCCUCUGUCAGGAUCUGUUCUUCAUUUCUUCCUGUCUGCUCUAGUUUUCUUUAAACUCAUAAGACAAAAUAGGGACUAUUCUCACACCUGACCAGCUAUGGUUAGUGGAGGAGCAAAGUGUGCUUCAUUUCCUGGGGUCAGAACAAUUUCCCCACAAUUCUCACCUUUCCUCCGUGUUCUCACGAAGCCUCCUUUCACAUUUACUGAACGUCCUGUCAUUUUAGACAGAACACCGUCAAAACUACCGAAUUGCGUCCUAACAGAAAGAGAACAGUUUCUCCAUUUGUGUUAGGUCGCAAUUCGGUAGCUUUGCCGGCGUUCUGUCUAAAAUGACAGGACUUUCAGGAAAUGUGAAAGGGGGCUUCGCGGGAACACGGAGGAAAGGUGAGAAUUGUGGGAAACUUGCUCUGACCCCCGGAAAUGAAGCACACUUUGCUCUUCCGCUGGUCAUAGCUGGUCAGGAGUAGGAAACCUCCAUGAGACAAAUAGUCCCUACUUUGUCUUAUGAUUUUAAAGAAAACUAGCAGACAGGGAGAAAUGAAGAACAGAUCCUGACCGAGGGAGAGAAGAGGAAUCGAUUGGGAAGGUAAUAUCGGCAUGACAUUGCCGCUUUUAUGCUAUAGUGUGCCUAUUGAUUGUCAAACUCUGUGAGCAGGAAGCGUCUCUAGUGGUUAACUGUUAGGUGAUCUCUAAAUGUAAACAUUGCAGUUUUUCUGAAAUUGCAAUGUUUGCAGCCGCAGCGUUAAGGGGACAGAGACACUGCACCAGGAUCACUUCACCGAGAUAAAGUGGCCUUGGUGUUUAUAAUGUCCCUUUAAAGUUAACCCAUUGGGUAAAAUUCUACUUUUCUUAAAUAUGUCCUUUUAGUUUUUUCUCCUCCUUGUAUAUGGAGCGUUAUAGAGGUUUUAAGCAACCUCACAUCUUUCCUAAUGAUUCCAGUGCUGCCAUUAGCACACCUUUGUGGGAGUAAAUGUUCUUCUUUGUCCUGCCUAGCUUUGAAAAGUCUGGGAUGGCAUCCUCACACCUAAUACAGCUCCACCUGAUUAUGCUAAUUUGUUGGCUUUAUUGCCAGCAUAUCAGCCCACUGAACAGAGUAUUGUCCGAGGGCACUCAGUUCCUAAUUACUGCCAAGCACAGACUGUGUGACGAGGAGAGGGCUCAUAUGUGCAAUUUCUUCUGUAGAAAUAGCAGCAGAAACAGUGACUUGGAUCCCAUGCAUGUUUCAGUAGAAUAAAGCAGGGCCAGCAUGGUCUGCCAGGGGGGAGGGGUACACAAAAUCUAUUUGCAAGCACAAUGUAGAGGUGAAAGAAUCUAUUUCCAGUAAGCACAAAAAAAAAAAAAAAAUGACCGUAACCCUUUUUAAUGAGACAUUCCUUACAAUUGUAAGAGUUUUUUAAACUAAUUUUAUAUUGAGCAUUUUUUUUCUAGUUUGAAAAUAUGUUGGCAUAACAACAUUUCACACACAAAUGCUGUUUUAUCCUAAAUACCAUUUGAUGAGUGCUGUUCAUCCUUUACAGAAAUAUUGCAUUGAUUAAUUUCUUUAAAGACUAUAGCCCUUAUGUGACGGUAUUUCAUAGAGGAUCUGGAAUAUUCUAAAGCAUGCAAAAAAACAAUUUGUGUUGCUUAUAUUAGGUUUUACCAAAAUAAAUAAAAAUGGAAAAUACCAUAAUUAUGGAUAUGUUAUAACAAGUCUGGUGGCAUUAUUAGCAUUACAGCUUCUUAAUCCAUCAAAAUAUGAAAUAAUGUUUCUAUCGGAGUAUAAUUCACAGAAACAAGUAGGUAUUUUUAUGAAAAUUGCAUAGGUUAGUGUUAGAGCAACCUGUAUGGUCUUUUUUAAUGCACUAGAGCCUUCCUGCCUGUUAGAAUACAGCCAUAACUUUUUGUUCUUUUAAACUUCAUUUACUGUAUGGAGAGUCAGAGAAAUCUGUCAUAUUCAGCCCACUUGCAGAGAUUCAAAGUGACAGAACAAGGUUCUCACUGAGAAAUACUUGGGUUUCCACCAGUAUUUCACAGUUAUGGCUUAGUACUUCUCUUUCUAAUGUAUUUCACUAUUUUAAAGGUUUGACGUUGUUUGGGAUGGUUCGGCUACACAUAAAGAUCCCAGUCCUAGGAAGAGACUUCAGUUCAUGUCACUGGAUGAGCCAGAAGGUAUUUUAGCAGGCUUACAAAAAUAUCUAUUUGACAGUCUGUAAUUUUUACUUGGCUGUAAAUGCUACAGGUGUCAUGUGCAUGAUGUGUGUCACCUAGGUGUUGUAUUAAUUUGCUAUGUGUUAUGGUGGAACUAAUAGUGAUAUCUUUAUUUUGUUUUAUUUUGGGUAAUUGAUAUGUACUUGAUUUCUGCAGGUGAGCUUUGAGUAAAUGACUUGUGUAUGUUCUUCUAGGAGGACAUGUGUUUUUAUAAGCCAGCUGGAAAUUAUUCAUAAUUCAACCUAAUGGUCUUUGGCUUUAAGGUUACUGACCACUACCUGCUAACUACAUGUGUUAGGUUAUGUAAAAUAUGUAACCUCUGGGCAUAAUCCACCAAGCCUCCUGUAAUUCAAUAAACCUAAUCCUUAAAAGGACACUAUGGGCACAAAACCAACCAGCUUAAUGAAGCAGAUUUGAUGUAUAGAUCAUGCUCCUGCAGUCUCACGGCUCAAUUCUCUGCCAUUUAGGAGUUCAGUCACUUUUAUGCAGCCCUAGAUACACCUCCUUGCAUGUGACUCGCACAGCCUUACUAAACAUUUCCUGUAAAUAGAGAUCUAAUGUUUACAUUUGCUUUAUUGCACACCCUGUUCAAUUUAGAAUUUCAUAUCUCCUGUUCUGCUAAUAGCAUCCUGUGUGUGAUUAAAGUACCAAUUUAUAAAGCAGGAAAUAAAAGCUUCUAGAGUUCAAAUCUGAUUGAAAAUGAAACAUUUGUUUUCAUGUAGGCUGUGUGAGUCACAGGGGAGGUGUGGAGAGGGCUGCAUAGACAGAAACAAAACUAACAACAUCUAAAUACCAGAGAAUUGAACAGUGAAAAUGCAGGGACACGAUCUAUACACUAAAACUACUUCAUUAAGCUAAAAUAGUUUUGAUGCUUAGAGUAUCCCUUUAAAGUGAAAUUGCUGAUGCCUUAAAGGAUCACUAUAGUCACCUAAGUUACUUUAGCUAAAUAAAGCAGUUUUAGUGUAUAGAUCAUUCCCCUGCAAUUUCACUGCUCAAUUCACUGUCAUUUAGGAGUUAAAUCACUUUGUUUCUGUUUAUGCAGCCCUAGCCACACCUCCCUGGCUACGAUUGACAGCCUGCAUGAAAAAAAAACUGGUUUCACUUUCAAACAGAUGUAAUUUACCUUAAAAAAUUGUAUCUCAAUCUCUAAAUUGAACUUUAAUCACAUACAGGAGGCUCUUGCAGGGUCUAGCAAGCUAUUAACAUAGCAGGGGAUAAGAAAAUCUUAAUUAAACAGAACUUGCAAUAAAGAAAGCCUAAAUAGGGCUCUCUUUACAGGAAGUGUUUAUGGAAGGCUGUGCAAGUCACAUGCAGGGAGGUGUGACUAGGGUUCAUAAACAAAGGGAUUUAACUCCUAAAUGGCAGAGGAUUGAGCAGUGAGGCUGCAGGGGCAUGUUCUAUACACAAAAACUGCUUCAUUAAGCUAAAGUUGUUCAGGUGACUAUAGUGUCCCUUUAAAAUGACUGUCCUUGUCAGGGCACAUGCCUGUGUAAAUAUUCUACCUUUUCGGUCUAUUUUUCUAACAGUGAUACAGAAGAGUAGAAGUGAGUCACAGCUUGCUCCUUUAGUAGCCCCUUAUGAUACCGAAUUCAUAUACAAUGACAGGAUGAAGACUAUAUCUGACACAGAACGGCUUUUUGAUGAUUUAACGGAAGAAAAGCAACAGGUAUUUUUAAUGCUUCUGCAGUUUUGUGUCUUUCCUUCUUUUAAUCCCUAAAGGACUUUUGAUGGUUUAUCUAGUCCUUACUGACUUACUCAUUCCAAUCGAAUCAAGGUUAUAUGGAGCAUUGAAUGGUAAUAAACAGGACAUCACUUAUGACAUAGGGCUUGCAAUAAUAAAAUAUUAUUCCCACUGAAAUCUUUUUUUUAUCUGGGUUAGGGGUAGGCCUGUCUUUGGCACUUCAGAUGUCCUGGACUACAUAUCCCCUGAUACUUUGCCAGCAGUAUGGCUGUAAGAGCAUUAUGGGAGAUCUAGUCCACAAUAUAUGCCAUGUUGAAGGUUGCCCUCUGACUUACAUUUUUCUAUGUGUUUUUAUUUUAAUUUUUUAUUUUGCUUUGUGGGAAUAACAUUUUCUGUUAGGCUGCCACCUACCCCAAAACCCUUACAGAUAUACUAGCUGGGCCAGGAAUACAAAGCUGUAUUCAAGGCACUAUAGCUCCCUCUGCCUCCCGCCACCGACAUGAUGAAUACAGGGUUUAAUAACCCUUUAUUUACUUGCCUAAUCCCAGCACCGAUGUCCCUCAGGGCUAGGUCACAGUUCCGUCUCCUCCUCCGUCCUGUGACAAGCGGGUGCUAAUGCACGAUACGCGGCUAAUGUUGUAUGUGCAUUAGGCCCUCUCUAUAGGAAAGCAUUGAAUCAAUGCUUUCCUAUUGGAGAAAAUCUGACGCUGGAUGUCCUCUGAAACUGCAAUGUUUUUCAUUGCAGCACUAAGUGCAAUAGGGACACUGCACCCAGACCACUUCAAUGAGCUGAAGGGGUUUGGGUGCCUAUAGUGUCCCUUUAAUACGUUUCACAGGCGUGCUCCUCUCUGUUAACUUUUUAGUGUUUCUUAUAGUGCAGUAGUUGCUUCUUCCUGUGUGUCUAUAGAUGAUAAUUAUCUUCAGAGUUAAUUCAAUGUAUAAUGUUUCUUGCUCCUGCCAACAGAUAGAAGCUGCCCUGAGCCGCAUGCCUAGCUCUGGACAUAGACUAAGUCUGCAAAUGAGAGCAAAGAAGGUAAGGGUUUCCUCCAUUUUGAGUUUUGGAAUGAAUCAUUUUUUACAUGUACACUGGGUGCUAUAACCCAUUCCAACCAGCAGUAUAACCAUGCCAUAUGUUCUUCCAUUACUCUCAGGCAUGCUGCUCUACUACAGUUCCAGUAGAUUUAACUAUUAAAUCACGUGGGUCACAAUCACAGGAGAUAGUACAUAGUGGUUAAUGACUAUUGCAAAAUCAUUCUUGCACAUUAUCUUCUACCGUAGUUUUAUUAUUUGGUUUAGACAGACUACUUCCUGGCCCACCUAGGAGUCAUAGUGUUCACAAUUUCGAGUCCCAAACUCUUCUGUUACCUGUUACACUUUUUUUUAAAGGUAAAGCCUGCAUUUCCUUGUAUCUACCCUCAACUGUAAGUAUAUUUCAAAACAGGGAGUCUGUCACUACUGUUCUGAAAUUACAUAUUUACAGAUUAUACCGGCAUUAUUUGCAAAUUUGUAAUAAAUAUCUUCAGCUUAAUGUAGUCAUCAUUAAUAUAAUUGACUGUGAAAACAUUAAAGGAACACUAAAGCGUUGGGAAUACAAACAUAGUUACAUAGUUACAUAGCUGAAAAGAGACUUGCGUCCAUCAAGUUCAGCCUUCCUCACAUUUGUUUUUUGCUGUUGAUCCAAAAGAAGGCAAGAAAACCCAGUUUGAAGCACAAUUUUGCAACAAGCUAGGAAAAAAAUUCCUUCUUGACCCCAGAAUGGCAGUCAGAUUUAUUCUUGGAUCAAGCAGUUAUUACCUUACAUUGAAAGAUUAUAUCCUUGAAUAUUCUGUUUUUGCAAGUAUGCAUCUAGUAGCUGUUUGACUAUCUGUAUGGACUCUGAUAAAGCCACUUCUUCAGGCAGAGAAUUCCACAUCCUGAUUGUUCUUACAGUAAAAAAAACGUUCCUUGGCCUUAGACGAAAUCUUCUUUCUUCCAGUCUAAACGCAUGGCCUCGUGUGCAAUGUAAAGUCCGGUUUGUGAAUAGAUUUCCACACAAUGGUUUGUAUUGGCCCCGAAUAUAUUUGUAUAAUGUUGUCAUAUCCCCUCUCAGGCGACGUUUUUCUAAACUAAAUAGGUUUAAAUUUGUUAACCUUUCUUCAUAGCUGAUAUGUUCCAUUCCUUUUAUUAAUUUUGUAGCCCACCUCUGCACUUUUUCUAGUGUCAUAAUAUCUUUAGAACAGGUGCCCAAAAUUGCACAGCAUAUUCAAUAUGUGGUCGUACCAGUGAUUUAUAAAGAGGCAAAAUGAUAUUCUCGUCCCGAGAAUGAAUGCCCUUUUUCAUUCAUGACAAGACCUUACUGGCCUUGGCCACUGCUGAUUGACAUUGCACAUUGUUGCAUAAUUUGUUGUUUAUAACAAUUCUAAAGUCCUUUUCGUGUGUUGUUAUCCCUAAUUCGCUUCCAUUAAGGGUAUACGUUGCUUGUGUAUUCUUUACGCCGAAGUGCAUAACUUUGCAUUUUUCAACAUUAAAUUUCAUCUGCCAUUUGAGUGCCCAGUCCCCCAGUCUAUCUAAAUCCCUCUGCAGCAAAGUAAUAUCUUGCUUAAAUUGUAUUACUUUAUUAAGUUUUGUGUCAUCUGCAAACACUGAAACAUGACUUGUUAACCUAUAAAAAUAAAAAAAGUUUUGCUUAUCUUUUUUUCAGCACUGAGCCUCACUCGAUGCUACCACCCUCUCUUCCUCUCGCUAUGCCAUCUUGGAGGUGUCACUUCCUUGAUGAAUAUGCAGUGCUCCUCAUAGAGGAGAAUUCAGCAUGAGGUUUUUCCCUAUGAGCUGUAGAAUGUCACGUGACCGAGUGAAACUCGGUUGUUGCAGAGGAAGUGCCUCUAGUGGCUGUCUAGAAGACAGCCACUGGUGGUAUGUUUAAAGGGACACUAUAGUCGCCAAAACCACUACAGCUUAAUGUGUAAAGCAUGUCACUGCAGCCUUAGCAUUGUUAACACUGCACCUCAAGUGUCAGUCACUCAGAUGGCCAUUAGAGGUGCUUUCUUUGUCACUGUCUCCAUGGUCUCACAAUGAUUUCUUAUGGGAAAUAAUAGCCUCACAUUGCUUUCCUAUAGGAAAGCAUCGGAUUGGCUGAGAUCAUCCUCACAGCCAAAGAGACGGGGCCGCCGCAGAAAGAAUGGUGCGUAGUAGGAGAAAAGGUGAGUAAAGUCACUAAUGUUGCAUUCCAGCACUAUAGUGUCAGGAAUACAUGCUUGUUUUACUGACACUAUAAGUGUUCAUUUAACCCUGCAAUGUAAACAUUGCAGUUUCUACAAAAUGAAGUCAUCUGGGUGCCUUUAGUGGUUCUUUAAGGGAACUUUCUUUUUUCCCAAUUCUGGAGAAGGAAGAGUCCGUUAUUAAUAUCAUAAUAUUAACUAUACUCUCAAAUUAUACAACUUUUUUUCUUAUUUUUGUGUAUCAUUGACAUGGAAAUGUGUAUAAAUAACAUGGAACGAACUGUGUGCAUAUUGUUUAUUAUUUUUAUUAAAUAUUGCCAUUUAUAUAGCGCCAACAGAUUCUGUAGCGUUAAGAGCAGAAUUAAUUAUCUAUCUUUUAAAAUUUCUGUACAACAUCACUAUAUGAGUUUCUUUUGGUUUAAAUUUUCUCAGGAAAAUUUGGAAGACCGUCUGGAAAAAGUCAACCGCCACCUGGGGUCAGUCAGGAUGAUCCUGAAAAAAUAUCAUGUUUUACCAAGUUCGGCAAACAUUUGAAACUUUCCAGUAAGACCUUUCACUGGCUGUGUUUUGCACUACCCUGGACAUACGCAGUACAAUGCUAAACACUAGUAUACCCAGGACCAUGGGCUUCCAAAUCAUGUGCUUUUUAUGACUUUUCUACUUCAUGUGUUUUUAUUUUGUUUUUUUUAACACAGAAUUGGAAGUUAAAUGUAAAAAUGUUUUAGUAUUUUAAGAGGCCAUAUUUCUAAGCUGUAUGGAUCUAUUGUAUGCUAAGUGUAUAUAUAAACCUAUCGAAUGAUAAAUACCUGUACACUCCUCUCUCUAUAUUGGUCUUCACAUUAAGAAACACAGUUGAUACAAUGUUUUUAACAGUGCUUCCACAUGGGGAAUAUUUGUUAAAAUUAAGCUUGUGACAAAUGUAUUUUAUGUACUAUAACUAUAUAGAAGUGUUUCAUUCCAGGCCUAUCCUGCACUUUGUUUUGUUUCUAUUUUAUAAACUGUGCUUUUUCAGAAAGUCAAUGUACUUUUAUUGAAUGAAGAAUGAACACAAUGGAGCAAUAAAUAUUUUUAAAAUGUGUCA